ACAGCAGCAAAACAAACCUUAGAAAAAAGGAGGAAAGAAACUGUGCUACUGCCACCACAAAGAUCAAACUUCACCCACAAAGAAAGUGGAAAAUUCCUCCUCCUCUGACAGAAUAUUUGGUGAAGUGAUUCCCGCCAUCGCACACAAUUUUGGCACUGGCAAAUAAGGUGGAGAAUUUCAGGACAGCCUUUCCCCUCUGCUUUAUAAUUUUUCUGCUGAAGUAAGUGAAGAUGCGCCAAAAUGUGAGUUUCAGGAUUAAAAAUUUGAGUUUGAAAUUCAAAUGAAGAAACUGGAUUCCAAACAUUGCAAUGCAGAUUGUGCUCUACUUCUGCUUUUUAAAUAUGAAUUUGCAGAUUCACAGUGCUCAGUACUAACAAUCUGGAGGCUUUGUAGAGACAUAAAAAGGUAAAGGACCCCUGACAGUUAAGUCCAGUCACAAACAACUCUGGGGUUGUGGCGCUCAUCUCGCUUUACUGGCCAAGGGAGCCAAUGUUUGUCCACAGACAGUUUUUCUGGGUCAUGUGGCCAGCAUGACAAAACCGCCUCUGGUGAAACCAGAGCAGUGCACAGAAACACCGUUUACCUUCCCACCGGAGUGGUACCUAUUUAUCUACUUGCACUUUGACAUGCUUUCAAACAGUUAGGUUGGCAGGAGCUGGGACCGAGCAACGGGAGCUCACCCCAUCACAGGGAUAUGAACUGCUGACCUUACUAUCCACAAGCCCUAGACUCAGUAGUUUAGACCACAGCGCCACCCACCAUGCUUUGUAGAGACACAGAAGCUCCCAAAUGGAGUGACCACACUAAUACACAUUUCAGAAGCCACAGGAGAUCUUCUGAUUUACUUCCCCCAAACACCUUCUGUUGGUUACUUGUCUCUGAUGCCAUAAUUUAAUGUACAGUAAACAUGCCCUUCAUAAUUUCAUGGGGGCACAUCACAGCACAUUUCCUGGGGGAGGCUCAUGUAGACAGGGAAAUGGCCAUGUGAUGAGGAAAUAGCAGGUGUUGACAUGUGUUAAACAUGAUGGAGGGGAUGGAGAUGAGUCUUCGCGAAGAGAGCAUUUCCAUAGACCUCUUUCACCUCUCUCAUUGUGAAAGCAACCUUUUCAUUGUUCCCUCUGAAAGUCAAUUUAAAAAAAGAAAAAGAUAUUUUGCAAGGAGAGAAUUUUCCAGAAGUUGUUUCCUAGCCUUGGGGAGGUUGACCAAAGCCUUAGCUCAAGCUUCUAUAGAGUUUACAAAAGGAGAAAUGCAGUGACUGUGGAGAAGUAGGAAGUUCUUACAGUUGUAUAUUUUAUAUUUUUGUUUAAAAAUAACAUUCAUCUGACUGUAGCUAUAGAUGACACACACACACACACACACACACAGCUUUAGAAACGUAACUUUUUCUGAGACUUACCAAACAGGAAAGGUGAUAAUCCUAAAUCAAUAUUGGUGUGGUCAGUCGGAGAAUUCAUGUGUUUGAGACCAGUGCUUUUUAUUUAUUUGGCUUUGUUUCUAAAAACCUGGGAGGCAUUCUGGAUUUUGCUGCGUUUUGUUUUUUAAACCAGGAAACAUUGUAAACCUUUCAGUCCCCGUUGGACAUGGCAAUGCCUUAGGGAAGACCUCUACGAGCUCCUAGGCUUAAGAGCUGCCUUGGGUGUAACAAUGGCUUAUUGUAGCAGCGCGGAAAGAAUGUGAGCAAAGGAGCUGCUACGGGGUGUGGCCAGGUGAGAGCAGCCAGCCCUCUCUACCUGCUCAGGUGGCUUAGCUUUUAAAGAAGCUGAAAAGUUAGCUCAGCAGACGAGCACCUGCUGGAGCUCUGUGUGCUGGGUGGUAGCUGAGCAAAGUGGAAAUAUGUUUUGCUAGAGGGAGCGUUUGUAGACACGCCGGAGAAGGCAGCAGUCAGGAUGAAGAAGAAUCACUCUGUGCAGGGGACUAUUAGCAGGCUCUUCGGGAAAAAACAUGCUAGCAACAAUUCCACCACUUCCCUCUACGUCACCAACCCCCCUUGGAUCUUCACACAGGAGGUCACCACUGACAACCUGGCAAGAACUGGUCAGUAUGGCUUCUCUUUUGUUUUGAGCUUUCAGGGAGAGGACUCGGAGGAGCCUGUUUGCCCUUCCACUAUCCACCCCACCCCCAAAUCAGGCUUCAGCUUGUAGGAUGUUCAACUGUGGGGGGCUACCGGCACACUCAGAGGUGGGGUGCGCAGUUUUGAUGUUGCUCUGGAUACUUCCAUCGGGGCCUUGAGAAAGCUUUAUUAAUAAGCCGUGCAGUCGGAAAACAACAGCCUUUGGUAGGAAUGACUGGAUUAAGGAGAAACUUGUUGGAACCUGCAAAACUAAAUUAGCAGCCUGUGAUCCACUCUCUUAAAAAAAAAAAAAACAACCCAAGAAGAAUGUGCAGAUUUCAGCAAGUCUCCUGUAGAGCAGGAAUAUGGGUGUAAUGGAGCGUAAGACAAGUAGCAGAUCCACCAGACAGUUGUAAAUAAAUCUCUGACAUAUUUUUGUGCGGGAGAUUAGAGUUAGCUUUGACUGAAACCCAAAGGGAGCUUUUACGGGGAUAUCUGGUAGGUCUCUCUGGUGUUGACAGCAGCAGAUGUGUUUAUUCGGCAUAUUGUAUUUAUUCUCUUGAAGUUUGUAAUUCUGGAACAACAAACUGGAGGCUCAGAUGGGUGGGUGCCAACUCUGAAUAGUGUCUGAACAGGCUGAGCGUCAGAAAUCCCACACAAGAGCUGUUGGAACAAAUGGAGGGUGCGCAGCCGAGUUCUUCAUAGAUGGUGCCUUUGGAGGCCACCAGUGUUGCGAAACUUGUAGCUGUUUUAUGGUUCACGCUAGGCAGUGGCACUGACUUUGUUGCAGUGUCCGGGACUGUGACAUUUCAGAUGAAAGGGAGACCUAAGUAAUAAUAAGGGAGAAUCAAAUUCUCUGGGAUGAAAUGAAAUGUGAAGCGUUGCCCUUUGGCUUGCUUCUAGUUCAAAGAAUGAGUCACUUCUUUGCUGUGGGGGGGGGGAGUUACACAGUUUUUAAUUAACAAGUUGUGCUCCAAGUCUGAGGCAGUAUCUGCCAACACUGGAGCUCUUCUAGGUGCUAAAGUUAGGAAUAAGCUUCUUUCUGGUAUCUGAUCUUAUAGGACGCUUUGCAGAAUCUCAGAGCUCUGUGUCCAGGAAUUCCCAUGUGGUGGGCAAAGACUGAAUGAUAAUGAUAAUAUUGCACCCUCAGGAUUUAUCUGUUGCUCUUCUUCCUGUUCUCUGCUGCUGUUCUUGUUUCCCGUCUGCGCACGCUUCCUUUUUCUGGGCUGUGGGUGUCCUUUGGGUUACGAAAUAAACAUGCAGAAACCUAAAUAUUGUUUAAUCAAGACAAGAUAGGCCUUGUUACACAAGGCAAUGAGAAGCUGUCAUUUCAGACAGCAGAUUCCAGUGGGGUGCAGCAUUUUCCCGAGUUCCAUCUCUGUGACAAAUGUCAUUCUAAAAUAAGUUUGAGGGGGAUGGACCAAUUGGCCCAACAAUAACUGCAAAAACAAGAAGUGUGGGGUGGUUCUGUCUCUAUUGGAUCAAGAAGCCUCAGUUAGGGUAUGCAAUGUCAACCCUGAAAGAAAGAAAACCAUGUGAAUAGAUUAAAAACCGUGUACAUUCAGCAUUAGUUUAAUAGCAAAAGCAAUGAAGUAGGAGCAAUUUUGGGAAGGGCUGCAGUUCAGCGAUAGAGCAUUGGCUUUGUAAGGAGAAGAUCCAAAGUUCAAUCUCCAGACAGGGCUGGGAAUGUUCCCCCUCUUAAAUCCUGGAGAGCCACUGCCAGUCCGUGUAGACAGUAUUGAGCCAGAUGAAUCUCACUCAGGAGAAGACACCUUCCUAUGCUCCUAUGACAGUUGUUUUAAAUGGUUUUUAAUAUUGUGUUUUAAAGUUGUAACCUGCCCUAGGACUUUAGAGUGAAGGGCAGGAAACAAACAAAACAUUGGGCCCCCUUAGUAAAUGGCUUAUAAGGCAUUAUUUUAGCUCAUUUGAUUUUGGAUGGUCUGAGUUCACCUUCCUCAGCCUGCUGCUAUUCAUGUGUUUUGGACUCCAGGCAGUGCAAGGCAGCAUGGCCAAGGAUGUGGGAUAAUAGGAAAUGUAGUCAAAAAUCUUCUGAAGACCACCAGGUGAGGGGAGUCUGCCCUGAGCGAUAUCUUUGUGUUGUCCUCCACGCCCUUGGAGAACGUGCUGGUAAGCUUGCCAUAUGGUCAGUUCAAAUAAGAAAUGUGGCUUUCUCCCACCUUCCCUGGAGUCCAUCUCAUGAAGAACAUUGUACAAAAAAAAUUUGCUCCAGAUGGAUUGUGUGUGGACACAAUCUGCAGUGGCCAACAGUCUCCCCACCACCAUCCCGCCAUCUCAACAGCUGCCAAAAGUUUCUACCACCCUGCCAUUAUGAAAAUGGCUGCUAGUCACAAUGGACUGUAUCAAUGCAGUUUGAUAUGCAAGAUUGAGUUGGGGAAAUAAACUGUCAGAACCCAUUUGUAUCAACCAGCCUACAGGUACAUCCCCAAAUCCGAUCACCAACAUAUUCAAAGCCAAGCAGUCACCUGCUGGGAUAUUAACAAAUGGUCCCACUCUGUGCCAACAGACUCACUCUGUGGCUUUUGAGUAACUUAACACCUUUUGCCCCCACUCUCAAACAAAUCCGUGCUCUCACUCUGAGUGGUUUGAAUGGUUGCCAACACCCACCCAGAGCAAGAAACCCCCACCCCUUAUCCAGUCAAAACAGAGCAAAACAUGCACAUAAAAGGGAGAGGGUGUCUGUGAGGAUGGCUCUGGCCAGCGGCCACCUGUGAUUUGCUGUGGACCACUGUGGGAAAAUUAUGCAGAACUGUCCCAAGUAUGUACUGACUUCUACAGAGAUACCUUGAAGAACCUCCCAAUUUGAGGAGCACCAGUGGGUCAAGAUAGCACUGAGGUUACCCUAGGCCUGUGUUAUACAACCACCUUAAAUGUUUGCUGCAUGCUUUUCAUGCUGCAUGGGCUAAAAGAGAUUGAAUGCUUUAAUCCCCACCUUAGUUUGUGUCUGAUGAGUUGCAAAGUAAACACAGGUUACCCAACCGGAGAUGGGUGUGGGCUUGUGUGUGUCACUGACUCAGAGAUUCCUGAAUCUAGUCCCUGGCCCCGCCCUCUCUGCUACACCUCCCUUAAAGCUAUGGAUGCAGUUGGCAUAAAGAGAAAGCUACACCUCGCAUGAGCAAUGCAGCAAAUCAUAGAGUUGGAAGGGUCAUGUAGUCCAGUGUUCUGCAACACAGGAAUCUUUUGCCCAACAUGAGGCUCAACUCCACAACCCUGAGAUUAAGAGUGUCAUGUUCUACCAACUGAGCUAUACUGACACAACAUAGAUGUACACCUACCCAUUAUUUCACCAUUUUUUUCUUUAUAUCCUCAACAAGCAACAAGCAACAAGCAUAACUGUUUGUUACCUCCUCUCUCCAAGUAACAAUUUGGGCAUUGUGGAUGUUUAUUGCUGAGGAUGCUGCUCAAAUGUUCCUUUUAGGGCCAAAAACAUUUACUCUUUCAUUUUUAACCAUGACUGUAUGGGGAAGGGCAAUUUUAGAGUUUUCAGAAUGACUAGAAGCACGUUUGGAAAAAAAUCAGGCAUUUAGGUAAUAGUGACAGUUCAAUGGCUUUGUGUGGACACUGGGGGGGUGGGAAUGCAGGAUUGAGGAGAACCCAAUACACAAUAAACAGCUAUCUGCAAGCAAACUAGGAAAUAGUGAAAGAGUAGAUGUGAAUCCCACUUUCCUAACAAGGUCGAUUAGCAUUUUCUACUGGUGCUGUGCAACUUCUCUGGCUGGAUCACAAACCAAUUCAGGCUGAUUUGGGUUGACCCAAGAUUUGGCCAGAGUGGACUGAAGAAAGUCCGGGUUGGAUCCUGUCUGUCAUGAAAAAGCUAAAGCAUUGUAUCAGCUUUUGCAGCUGUGAAAGGAAGGGACUAAUGCAUCUGAGCUUCAGCCACUUCCUUCUCCCCUACUCAACUGCAUGUUUAAUCAGUUGAAAACUGUGCCAGGCCCCCUAUCUAGCUCAGGACCCAGAUCUGGGUUGGGCCUGGACCAUCCCAAAUCAGAUCAGUAACAGAUCAGGUCCCAAAUAGGAUCAGAGGGCCAUGCACAGCCCUACCCUCUUAGUUCUAAUAAUUUUGAAAUAAUUUUGGCAGUGACAGUGUGGGGUAAAACUAACUUGUUUUUCCUUGCUUCAGAGGGUAGGACUAGAAUGAGUGGAAUGGAAAAGGAAAGGGACUAGAUUUUGGGUGCACUUCAGGAGAAACAGCAAGAGCUGUUUGGCAAUGGAACUGACUGCCUUGGUGGAUACUGGGCUGUCUUCCUUCCUUCCUUCACCAAACCUUUAUUAGGUCAUGUAGGCCAUCAUAAAACAUCCAUAUUAUAUAUAUGUGUGUGUGUGUGUGUGUGUGUGUGUGUGUGUACACAAAGAAACAGCCAUGUAAAAAUAUGAAAUAACCAGGAUUUUCAUGGGAGUUUCUUCCUGCUAAAUAGUGCCACUUACCACUCUUAGCGAUACUAUUGAUAAAAACUCAGCCACCCUUGCAGUUACUUCCGGAUUAAUGUCAGACAGAUAGAAUCUGAUAUUUUCAUUGUGCCAUGAUGUUAGACUACCCAAAAAAGGGGAUAGCACAUGUUUGCGUAGCUGGUUGUACAAUGGACAGUGGAAAAGAAUAUGUUCUACUGUGGCCGGCGUAUUCAAAGAACAUCUGCAAUGUCUAUCAUUUCUGGGGAUGUUUAAAUAUCUGAUGUUGGGCUGUCCUUUGUUGCACGUAUUUAAGCAGAGACUGGUUGGCUGUCAGUCAGGGAUGUUAUCGCGGCAAGAUUCCUACACAGGCAAGCGAUUGGACAGGAUGAUUUCCAAGGUCCCUACUCUAAAAAAAAUAAUUCCAUGAUUCUAAAUAAAUGUGUCCUGUCCUCUGUGUUCAGUGUUUAUGCAUAAAACUGGAAUGUGAGGAAUAAUAAGUGAAAUAGGGUCCUACCAAAUGGUCAUACUAAUGAACUGAGAGCACAGGGCACAUUCACUUAUUUAUUUAUAUCUGAAAGAGAUAUGCCCACACUUUUAAUGACAAUCACCAUUCCUAGUGAAACUAUCAAAGUCAUUGUGGCAGGGGGCGGGGCUAAGGAUACUCAAACAGCUAGCAAAGGUGCAGGUCCUCCUUGACCCUUCAACAGACUCUAUUUUUGAUUUAUUUUACUGAACCGGGAAAUAGAGGACAAGUACAGUGGUGCCUCGCAAGACAAAAUUAAUUCGUUCCGCGAGUUUUUUCGUCUAGCGAAUUUUUCGUCUUGCGAAGCACGAAAUCCCACAGGAAUGCAUUGAAACUCAAUUAAUGCGUUCCUAUGGUCAAAAAAAAGUCCAAACAAAGCCAAAUUUGGUACAACAAGAGUUUAUUAAGUGCUCUUUAAAGUCACACAUACUGUAAAGAGCAUUUCAAAAAUUGAAGGAACAAUAAAUUAAGUUUCUAAACAUGACAGAAUAACAUUUAAAAAUCAACAAAGUGUACAGUACAUUUUCUAAGACUCUGGGGGACAACUCGAAGAAGGUUCCUCUUCCACUCUUUGCUUCUUGCUGAAGAACCCCCUCCUCAACUGUUCCCCCAGCCACCCACCACACAAAAAUUCAAAUCCAGAUUUUUUUAAAAAACAACAACAGCAGAGUGGCCCAAUGGUCACAGAAAAUCAUAAAAAUGCAGGGAAAAAACCACACAAGCUUCCAGAUUCUUGCAAACCCCUCCUCAACUGUUCCCCCAGCCACCCACCACACAGAAAUUCAAAUCCAGAUUUUUUUAAAAAAAAAACAGCAGUGGCCCAAUGGUCACAGAAAAUCAUAAAAAUGCAGAAAAAAAACACACAAGCUUCCAGAUUCUUGCAAACCCCUCCCCAACACCAAGUCCUUGAAUUCCAAACACCCCAACCCAAAAUCCAAACCCCCCCAAAAAAGUUUUAAAAGUUUAAAAGAAGUUUUGGGAAAGCUUCAAAAAUCACCAAAGUCUUCAAAAACCUCAAAAAAGGCUACCACACCGCGUUCUAUGAGUUGCUCCUCGAAGUCAAGUCGCAACUGUAUUAACAGUGUUAAGAAAAAGGAAACAAACUUGCAAGAUGUUUUCAUUUUUCGUCUUGCGAAGCAAGCCCAUAGGGAAAUUCGUCUUGCGAAGCAGCUCAAAAAACGGAAAACCCUUUCGUCUAGCGAGUUUUUCGUCUUGCGAGGCAUUCGUCUUGCGGGGCACCACUGUAGGCUGUGUGUAUUUACCAGUAUGUGGAUUGAUUUAACUGAAGCCACUUUUUAUUUUUGGGAGGCUGUUUACACUCUUCUCUGAGAGCAUUCACUGAUCUUGGCAGGGGGUUGGACUCGAUGGCCCUUGUGGUCUCUUCCAACUCUAUGAUUCUAUGAUUCUAUGAUCUAAUGCCCUGAACCCCCUCUUUGUUUGACUUCUCCCAUGAUGAGAUAUGAAACUAGAGUGACAGCAGUUGCCCAUUGUGCCUGACAGUUUUCUUUGUCAGUCUCCGGAAGGCUUUGUCGUGUUUUCCUGACUCAAGGUGGCUUAGUUUGCGAAGCCGCACAUUAACUGAGGUUGUUUCCAGACAACCUGUUUACUUAGCGCUCAUUCUGAUCUGCUUACGGGGAGAUUAGACAAUAUUGGCCGUUUAUUGAGCAUUCAUUCUGAUUUGUUUAUGAGGAGACUAGACAACAUUGCAUGAAGGAAAUGUUAUCGCACACUUUACAGUGCAUUUAUUUUCCCAUCCUUUCUCUUACUGCAAAAAGGCAGGUUUCCGAGGCAAGUUUUUUGCGCAAGAGUUCCAAAUCAGUUUUAACCACACAACCUGAAUUUGCCAGUAUAUGAUUGAAUCCCACCUGAAAAUAGAGACAAUGUGGAAGCGCCCUGAGGUUGUAUGGUUCUGCAUUCAGUGGAACUGGACAAAUGCAAGCCACAGCGAUGUUCUUCUGUACUGUCUCUUGCACAGCUUAUUUUCACUUCUCUGCAUCCUGCACAAGAGACUUUUUGCUUUAAAAACCAGCAAAAGAUGCUUGUGAUAUCUUUUAAAGACUAACAGAUUUAUCAUGGCAAAAGCUUUUGUAGACCACAGCCCAUUUCACCAGUUGCAACUCCUUGUUGAUUCUGCUUUCAGUAGAUUUUGGGCCUUUUUUAUUUCCAAAGGGAUUGUCAUCAUCAUAGUUUAUUUGUAUGCCACUUUUCCAUGAUAAAUCGUGCUCAAAGCAGCUAAUAACACCAACAACAUUAUAAUAAGAGAAUGCACUAACAAGUACAGUCAUAUGAACAACAGACUAAGGAAAACUUAUCAAUCUACAAUAAAAUUAAACAAUCCACUGAUCAUUCAUCAUAAGGUCUACCAAUAAAAAUACAAGAGCGUAAUGCAGAUAAGAGCAAAAAUAAUACAUCUCUGAAGCCAAAUCUUGACCCCAACAAUAACCCCUAAAUAAUACCCCUGUCGGGGUCUGCACACACCAUAAAUUUGGAGCACAUUUCCCACCCCAAGAACCCUGGAAACUAGUUCACUCCUCCCAGGUAACUCUUCACAAUUCCCAGCAUCCUUAACAAACUACAGUUCUGAGGAUUCUUUUUUGCAGGGGCUGCUUUAAAUUUAUGGUGUGUAUGGAACCCAUAUCUCUAAGCACCAGGAGCAACAGAGGCAGCCUUCAGCACUGAACUUGGUCAGGGCUCUCCCUUCCUGGAUCAGAUGGAAAAGGUCUGACUUAAGAGCAGGGAUCAGUUCUUGCAGGACUUCCAGGGCGAUGGUCUCUGGCACUUUCUGCAGCAGGCUUUGUAGCUGGAGUCAGCCAGGACCCCAGCUUCCUGUAUAAGACUGAAGCCAGUUCUGUGGUGCCCUCAUAUCAAGUGGACAAACCUGUUGGAAUCUGAAAUUUGAGGUUGCACUAGCAGAGCAAAGAGUGGCAGGGACUCUUGCUUCUUUUCAGUCCCUGCAGGACUUUGGCAGUUCUUACUGCCUUGGGCAGGGAUGGCGUGAGGAUCUGUGGACUGUCAACGAUCUCGAUAUACCAAAACCUGGAGAAAGCCAGCUGAGUUCUGUCAUGUUAUUCAAGUUGGUUUUUGCAGCUGACUCACAUGCUGAACAGACAUGCCCCUACGGGUGUCAGUACGGGUAUCAUAGCUUUUGGUUCACAGGAGUGCCCUGUCUCUCCAAUGUUCAGCCUCCUUCUCAUUCCAGGCCAGCUGCUUGGCACAGGUCUUGCUCAUGAGGAUUUGUCCAAAGAGCUUAACACUGUAAAUGAUUUAAAGGAAAGGGUGCAUUUAGCCUAGCAAAGGGAAUAGGGGUAGACAGACUCCCAAAGACUUCUUCGGAGUUCAGUUCCUCUCCAAUAUGGGAGUCAUUUUCUUCCACCUAUUUUCCUCCCCACCUCCAGUUUCAAAUGCAUUUCUGUCUCCUUUUUAACCCCUUGGUGGAAGACGCUGGAGGGGAUUUCGAGCCAAAAAAUGAUGGGAGGUAAAAGGGUUAAUCAUAGGGUUGUCAUAUUUCAAAAAGUAGAAUUCCUGAUACCCACAAAUCUGGACGUAUGGCAAGCCUAGUUAAGCAUUCACUACCAGCUUAGGGUUGCCAUAUUUCAAAAAGUGAAGAAGAUAUGGACACAAAAGUUGUUGAGCCUUUUUUGGCCAAAGUUAUUCUGGCUAUGUCUGGGAAAUUCAAGAUGUAUGGAAACCCUAUACUAACUGUUUCACAAAGUGAGUUGCAUAUAUUUAGUCCUCAAAACCACCUUAAUUCUGUACUUAUCUCUUUGUUGUUAUUUUACUGGCCAUUCCUUAAGUACCAGAUGAGCUGAAGCAGAUGACAUGUUUGCUGAGCAUUCAACCCCAUUUGUUUGCAGAGAGAUUAAAUGAUUUUGGCUAUUUAAUGAACAUUCCUUUCCUUGAUUGCAGGGAGGUUACAUGAUGUUGCAUCAAAGCAGGUGGUAUCCCACACCUUUGAGUGCAUUUUCCCAUUGCUUUUCUUAUUACAAAAAGUCUGAUCUUCUGGGAAAGUGAGUUUGUUGUGCAAGACCUCCCAUUCCACUAUGAAUGCACAACUUGAAUUUGCCAGUAUGUGGAUUGAAUAGUGGCAGUCUGGAAGCACCCUUGCUGUUUGCAUAGGGGCAUUUUCUGCACAGGGACGUUUCUGCACCAGAUCAUUUCUUGGCACCUUGGUUUUUUGUUUUUGCAAGGUUUGUAUAGAUGCAGUUUUUCAGCAAACAACUUCCUACUAGAAGGAUAUAGAUGCAGUUCAUCUCACACAUCCUUAAAAACUGGAUACAAUGCUGCAUCAAAGUUUCUUAAGGCACCUGGUCUCCAGGUGAGGGCAUUGAAUGAAAGAUGGGGACAGGUUGGUGGAUACUGCAGCUGCCUGGUUUUCCCACGGCACCCUAAACCUGCCUUUGGCAAGCUGUUGCAACAUAGAAAGGCAGACGAGCCACCUGAAUAGAGUCUGUGUGGGCAGAGACUACACUGCUGUAUAGGUAAAGAGAGCAGCUCACAGAGAACCUUUUUGUGAGUUUGUGAAAACCUUGGAGCCUCUAGAUUGCACAGCCAUGAGAUAAGAAAUACGGGCUGUACAUGGUACAUAUAAUUCUCAUGCAUUAUGAUACAAGGCCAGUGCAAUUUAGUAAGCAAAGAAUGAAACUGGUUUAGAAGAUGUAGACUGUACAGCAGACUAUUCCUAGGUAAGUGUGCACAGGAUUCUAGCCAUGUGGCACAAUCCUAUUCAUGGUUAUUCAGUCAUAAAUGCCAUUCCAUUCAAUGCUCCUUACUCCCUAAUAAGCAUUUUAAGAAUUUGAUCAAUAACAUAAACAUAACACUUGGGGAAUAUAUGGGACAGGUUCUCAUGUAGUGACCAACACAACAGGAAUUAAACUAGUCAUGUGACUGGUGCAAUAUUACCUCAUAUGUACCAUUUGGUGUACCUUGGAUGUGAUCCAACUGCGACAAACAGACAUCCAAAUUAUAAUUUGCCACCUUUUCAGAAAAGGUUCUAAAAAUGGAUGGAAGAAGUGAUGAGCUGCAGUUUGGAGAUGCGUUGAAAACAUCAUGCCAACUGGUUUAUUGCCGUCAGCUUGGGUUGACUUCCUUCUCUCAUGCAGUCGAUUUAGAGGAAACCUUCUUUUUGAAGAUGUGUUGAAUUAAUGUUAUGAUGAGGCUAUUUGUAGCAGGCAGGAACCUCACCCAGACUGUUAACUUCAAGGUUAACCUGAUUAUCUGCUCCCUUUUUAAAGCUUAAUUUGGCCAUCUAGAAAGGAAGCCAGGCAAAAGAGUCAUAGACUUUGGGUGUCAGUAACCUCUAAUAUCAUGACAGCCCAGACAACCAGGUAUCUGAAGAAUUUCAGCUUCAAGCUAGUGAGUAAGGCAAAAAUAAAUAGAAACAGGUAUCACCUUGAGAAGCAUAUGCCCAGCUUUUCUUCUUGCAUUAGCGAGAAAUGUGUGCUACAAUUUCUACACAAAUGUCCAUUGCUAGGAAAAGUGGCUAGAAGCUGUCUCAGCCUAUGGUUUGACACUGUGUGUAUGUAUACCUUUGCUGACUUAAUCCUUUCAUGCAGGGGUAGGGAACUUUAUAUUCAUCCACACUUAUGUUAUCCCCGCUCUUCCUGAGUGCUUUUGCCUGGCUGUCCUUGAACAGUGAUAAGGCCUCUUGUUUGUCUGCCUGGAGAAGUGUGUGUGUGUGUGUGUGUGUGUGUGUGUGUGUGUGUGUAAAGCUCUGACUUCUGCAUGGUUGAAAUGUUUCUUGUUGUAUAAUCACAUCUAUUGUUCUGUCCACUUUGCCUCUCACCCAGUGCCGAAUUUAUGUAUAAGCUAAACAAGCUAUAGCUUAGGGCCCCACUCUCUUGGGGGCCCCAAAAAAAUUUGAAGGGAAAAAAACCCUGGAUGUACAUUUCCAAAAUAUAAGAUAAGAAACAAAUAAAAUAAAACCUACAUAAUACAGCAACAGUGUUUUUUGUUGUGUAGGUUCCUAUGAUGUAGGUAAUGGGCCCCGCUUGCUAGCUUGCUCCCUAAAAUAUCACUGGUUUCCUCAUUUCUAUAUAUAGGGUGCCUUCAUUCUGCAUUUGCAAAUGGCUUUAGAUACCUAUUAGGCCCAUAAAUUACCAUACAGCAUAUAUUCAACACAAAAAACAGCGACAAUUUGUUGUUGACAAAGGACGGCUGGACAUAUAAAGGGCCCCAUUACCUUCAGUAGUUUAGGGCCUCAUCAAGCCUAAAUCCGACCCUGCUUCAUGGACUCACCCUGUCCACUGCUGCCAUGGGGCCCCAGGGAAUGUGGCACUCUGGCUGAUAAUGAAAUUAUCUUUCCACUCUCCCUCUCUGUCUUUCUAAGGCUGAAUCAGCAAUGAAAUGUAAUUGAUAGGGUUGGGUGUGGGCCUUUCUCUCCAUGUGGCAAUCCAUCCUGCUUUGUGGCUGAUGGCGCAUAUUCUGCACGUUGCACCUUCCUCACUGCUUGACUUUAACACAUUCACUUUCUCAGUAGCAAAGUGCUGCAGAACAGCCCUUUAAGCAGAGGUGGGGUUUAUAGAAGCGGAGUGUCUCUGCUGAUCAUACCUGUUAAUUCAUAAUGUUCAGCUGAGAACCUUAUUAAAGUAAAUUACAGGUUGUGGUGCUCAUUACUAGAAAGAACAGCUCAGAGAGGUGUGGUCCCAAGGCAAGCGCUUAAGGAUGGAAGCUAGGAAGUCCCCAAGAUCUAUUCUCAGCUCUGACACCAAUUCCGUCAUCAGGUUUCCUCCCCUGUCAGCUUUACAAGGGGAAUAGUUACAAUUAACAUAAUGUUUAGGAAGGAUGUCUGUGCCCUCAGAAGAGAUCAGAUACUUCAAAUAGUUUCUCUUUCCAGCAGGACUGGCUCCAGCGGCUAUUACCAUCAGGUAUUUGCUGAGACUCAAGGACUCCUGAAACGCUUUUGUUUAAACAUGACAGGGACCUCACAAUAAACAUUGCAUAUAUACUCUGUUUCCUCCAGAUUGGGGGUAUACCAAAACCUUGGAGUCAUGGGCAUUCAAAUCAUCAUCAUAAAAUUCAUAACCACUUAAUUGUCAGAAGCCUCAGUUUACAAAAUAUUAAGGAGAAAAUUAUAAUUAUUAUAAUUGUUAUUUUUUCAGUAUAUAGCCUGCCUUUCAUCCCAAAGGAUUACAAAAACCUUUUAAUGAAACAUGAUUCUUUAUUAUUUCCUUUUUUUAAGAAAGGCUGGAUAUUUCAGUGAUUUUGUAAAUGCAACAUGACAGCAGCAAUAGCGUUGACAGUAUCAACACUGCACAUUCUUUGUUUUGUUGACUUCGUUAUUUGUUAAUUCUGUGGUUUUAUUUCUUUUCUAUUUAGUGAUCAUUUGUUCAUGUGGUGUUUUUGUAACCCACCUUGGGUUCAUUUGGUGAAGGGCAGACUAUAAAUUGUUUAUCUCUGUUAGGAAGUGACGUUUUGGUGGACUGCAGUUCCCAUAAUACAGCUGCAUGCACAAAAAUUGAGUAAACAUCAGAUCAGGAAGCUAGAUGGAGGGCAGACUAGAGGUAGCAAAGGCCCUUCCUACAAAGGAAUAAAAGGAAAGUGUUUUGUGUUCAGAUUGCAUUUCUUAACUGGUCUUCCGCAAAAGAUUCUAGGGCAACGCACAAAAAGUAUUCAUGCAACAGAUGAAUACAAUUUCCAAAAAGAAGAUAAAGGCAAACUAAAAAUGUAAAACUGGGGAACAGAGAAGGUAGUUCUAACUGAAAUAUAAUCCAGAGCCCCAUUGACUUAAAAUAGGACUUGCAGUGCAACUCUAUACAUCUCUAUUCAGAAUUAAGUCCUGUUAAGCUCAGUGAAGUGUAGACAGAAUUGCAACUUUGCUUAUUUUUGAGUAGACAUGUAUAGGACUGUGCUCUUAAUAUGUUAUACAGGUUUUAUUAAGUUUGCCUUCACACCUACCCUGUAUGGUUAGUCACUAUUACUAUAGUUGGAAAAUGGAAACUGAGAGGGAGAAUGUAGUUGACCUGAACUCUGGUUCAUGAGCUAUUUAAAAUGAUAUAUGUGUCUCAUGUGGAAAGGACAUGGAUUUAGGAAACAGAAAGCAUACCAUCUUGUGUCAAUCAGUGGUGACUACAUGAACAUCUGUUGUACAGUACAUACUACAGAGGUGUAAUUGGAAGGUCUCAAAAGUUGUGGCUACGCAGUAACAUGGUCCCAUACAAUGACAUAAGAGACCUGUAUUGCCCUCAGCACCCAUCUGCACCUGAUUUUCAUGACUUUUCCUAUAUGAAAGUGCUUCCAUGAAAUUAAUGUGUAAUGGCUGAAGCACUCCUCAGUGUAUUCAACCACUGAACUACACUGCUAGCAGUGUGUUGGGAGGAUAUAUUAUAUAAGAAUUUAAUAUAUUAGAUAACCAAGUAAAGGCUCCUCCACAUCCCAGUGGUAAUGUGCUGUCCCUUCAGCACCAUUUUGGGUUGGGAAUGGCAACUGAGAUCUUCCAGUGGCAACUAUAUUUUGUGGUGGUCCCCUGUCUUUGGAAUGCUGUUUCUUAAAAGGCCAAUCUUAUAAGCCUUUUUUAAAGGGGGUGCAGGCUAUUUGGAAGCUGUGUGGAGCAUUGACUGAGUUUACUUGAAGGUUAACUUGUUGCUGGCUUUAAAGUCUAUUGUUCCAAUGCACUUAAUAAAAGUGCAAUUUUGAAUCAGUUAAUCUAUCAACAUGUUUAUUUGGAAGUUCUGCAGAUUUUGAUGGGAUUUAUUCCUGAAUAUGUGUGCGUAGCCAUAAAAAAUUAUAAUGGAUUAAAACUAUACCCCAAUUAAUCUGGCAGCAUUUUUAAAAAAGGAGUAUUCUUAGUAAAUAUUAUUGGGAAAAUUUAAUAUUGAAAGUGGAAUUUUGUGUUCACUUUCACAGAUGAGGGGACCCAUUCUGCUCAUAUGUGGCAAUCGUCCACAAACAUAAAGUAUGCUUCUUGUUUUAGAAGUUUUCUUACAUACAAAUAUUUGGAGGGAAAUCAACUGAUUUCAUCAACUAAGUGGCUAAAACUCAUACCAAUGCAAUUGGUUAAAAUCUUACAGCUCUUUUAUCUGUUUCCAUAUCUCUUGUGAUAUUAGCCAAUGUCCCAGCUGGGACCCAUAAGUCAGAUAAUAAAAUGCAAAAGCAAACACCUUUCUAUCACUAACAGAGCGAUAAUGUGAUAGUUUGAUGCACCUGAAUGGAGGAGCCAAGUUGUGCCCUAGGGCUGUCCCUACAUUUAGGCACAGAAGGGUGACCUGCCUUGAGGACCAGAUUUGGGGUAACAUUAAAAGACAGCCAUUUGUCAAUGAUUGCUACCUUGUUUAUUAUCUUCUUGCCACCCUCUCAGUUUUCUGCCCCAGGCACCAAAACGUCUCAACCAUCUGCAUUCUGCACCUCUGAAUUGUUUCCUGUUCCUGGCUUUAUGUGUACCUCCUCUGUAUCCCUCUCUUACCUUGCCUGGCUGCAGCAGUGGCAUGAGGAAGAGCCACUGCAGCUAUUUGUCUUGUCUAACCUGGGGCUGGUGCCCAGUGGAUGAUGCUCUGUUUGCCCAACGAGUGGGCUGUGCAGGAACAUUUCUACUGGUAAUUAUGAAGGGCGCAGGUGUCACCACAUGCAUAGUUUCCUAAUUCUUUCCAUUCCUCAUUGCUGUUCUUAGGAAAGAAUGAAGCAGCCAGGCAAAGAAAAACCCGGCAGUUUCAUGCAAAGCCUCACCCUGUACCUCCUACUGUGUACUCUAUUAAAUUCGCUGAAUGGAGAAUUCACUUGUCUGAGAAGAAUUCACUUGCUGUGUUUGGUGUUUGUUGCAAAGGCACCAGACAAAAGGCACUGCGGGUGCUGGCUGCAAAGCUGAAAGCAGUGAUAUUCUCAAGCAACACUGGGGACUUAUUGUCCCUCUGUGGCCUGUGCCUGAAUGAUAAAGUAACCCAAGGCGCUUGUGUAUUGAAAACAGACUCCCUGCCCAUGGGGGUGUGCAGCCACAUGGAUGGUGUGGUUAGCGACACAUUGCUUGCGCUCUGGCACAACAGUCCCAUCCCUUCUCCUGCCAAAGCCUGUCAGCCAAAGGCCACCAUUUGAGGGCCACUGAGAGCAGAAGCUGGUCUAUCAGCUAAAUCAGCCAUCUGCUUUAUAUGCUGGAAAUUGAAUGGGGGAAAUAAAUGAAAAGUAUUUUUUACCAGAUUUUCACCAGAUUCCUUGUUCUCAUACUUAAAAGAAAAAGAAAAAAGUGGGGUGUUCUGGAGCUUGGCUCUCAGGACUCCUUUUUCUGUUGCUUUUUGUGCAUACAUGAGACCCAGCACAGCUUAUAGUAAAAUAAGAGUACAGUAUUUUAUUUCAACAGAAGGUACCUUGGUGAGAAUCCUCCUUCACAAUGUUGUGUGUGUGAAUGUGAAUGAACCUGUGACUCUAAAUAUUGUUGGACUGGAACUCCCAUCAUCCAUGACUAUUCCCCAUGCUGGCUGAGGCUGAUGGGAGUUGCAGUCCUACAAAAUCCAGAGGUCCACAGGUCCCUGCACUAAGUGACCUUGAGGAAGCCACUACCUCUCAUCUUAACCUCCCUCACAAGAGUUGCUUAAUGAGUUACCGGUAACUUAAGCUGCUUGAAGGAAAAGCUAAAUGCUAACAGGAUACAUUAGAACAGCAACAACACAUGAAAACAGCACCAUUUAUGAAUGAUAGAAGUCAUACAUGCAUAUUUAGAGAUUGUGGCUACCUUCAGUAAUAUAUAUGGGUGGACUGCCAGUAGCAUGCAACCAUUAGUCACAAUUUAUACUAGUGCAAGCCAUUCAUAGGUGACUGUUGAAUUUGAACCAUUAUAUAUUUUAGGAAUGUAGCUGAGAAUAUGCUUAUUAAAGUAUUUUUUAAAAGAUGACAUUUUUAAAAUGUCAUUUUUUAUUUGCAUAGCACUUUUAUUAUCCUACUGUAUGUAUUCUUGCUGGCAUGGAUAUGCCAGCAACACAUUUGUAAGCACAUGUAAUCUAUCUAUCUAUUCUAUGGAGAGCUCAGUUGAUGGCAGCUCUAGGUUUACAUUUAGUAGCAAACUCCUAUUUGCUUCUAUAUAGUGUGUCAAAUGGCCCUUAGGUCUUCUACAAAAACCUAUGAAGAGACCCUCGGCUCCAAGGGAUUCUGUAAAUCUCAGGUGCUUCUGAAUUGCUGGUGCCCUGAUGUGCCUGUUAUUCUAACAGUCAGUUCAUCUGAGAUACUUGCUUUCCAUACAAGCAAACCCUGAACAUCCUUGGGCACUCUGACAAACAUAACAAGCAGGAUCUGUUUGCAGGGGACAAACAAAAGUGGCUCCAAUAUGGAGCAAUACAGAAGAAAUUACAGGCUUGACCAACUUAAAUUGUCCUCUUGAUAGCUAUCUGAUCCAAGAUACCCAUUUAAGCAGUGACUCAUGGAUUUUUACAUAAACUCAAGGUGAAGGGGUUCGCGGCCACGCCUUCAAAACAAUGUGUGGUUUGUUUGCCUUUUGUUGCUAACUUGCUUCUCCUUCUUGUUUCAGGUGAAGUGGACGGCAUUUAUUAUGGGGAUAAUCGCUUUGCUUCAGUGACAGAUUCUGGAACAGCAACACUUAAGCCACGUCCAAGAGUCCGACCUUUGUUGACUUUCUUACCUCUUGUGAGUAUUUGCUCUGUGUAGCAGGUUGGUUUGGCUUUAGUUUGUAUGGUAUAUAUGGAACGCAGUUGCCAUUUUGCUUAUAUAAAAUGAGAUGCAAUGUAAGACAGAGGUGGGCAGAAGGUAGAUUGGGAUCCAUUGCUAGUUUGGGGGUGACUUGCAGUAGAUCUUCUGAUGGGGCACUUUGAGUGGUGCCCCAUGCCCCUGAGGUUUGGUCAGCAGGCCCACACUAAAAUGGAGACCUUACAACACCUGGAGAUAUACAACACCUUGAGUGCCUUGGCUGUGUGGUAAACAUUUUUGAGUAGGAUGCAGUCAACCAGCUUACUAGGUAGUUACAUGUACACUGUGGAAAAGUUACCACUUAUUAAAUGAUUGCUGUGUCUAUUUAUGCUCACCAGCACACUGAUCCAAUAAAAGCUGUUACUUAAUGUUCUGCUUCAGAUGGUAGGACAUGGGCUUAAAAGACUAUCAUGAGUGGAGAAAUUUAAGCCACUGCAAACUACAUAGUAUCCAUACUUUCCCAACUUGUCUUGCAAAAGAGAGAGAGAAAGAAACACAAAUGAAAAGUAGAACUGCUGGAGAACUUCCUGGUGAUGAUGCCCAAGGCAGAAAAGGCUUAGAUGAGGUACAGGGAACAUUCUCAGCAUACAUUCAACUGGUUCUCAACUUGGUUGACUGGAUCUGCACCUUUCAUGCAAAUGCAAUGGAAAUCAUUUUGGGCCUUGCGCUUUUUAUGCAUGUUGAAGUUUUCCCUGUUGGUUGUGUCACAGCCUGGUAAUCUUGACUUCAGUGGUGCCUCAAAUUAAUCAAAUGAAUGACUAAUAGAAGUGAUGUGGGGGGAGAAGGAAAAAGCAUAGAAGGAGGAGGAAGUGUGAGCAGGGAUGCUAAUUUUGUAGCUGAAAUGGCAAAAUGAACAUGAAGACUGUAGCCCUGUUCAGGUUUUCUUAAGUUGGACCUGUGGAGACAGUAUGGGGUCAUGGGUGCCAGUCCCACCCCCACCCCCUUCAACUUUGACCUUCUCACAUUGAGUGGCAAGGUCUAAAGGAGGAUUAUAUGUAUGUUCUGCUGAACACCAUUACAAUCUUCCACGACUCCAUGAAUACAGUUUAAGAACUGUAGUCGUCCCUCAAUUUGAGUAAUGAUCAUGCAGUGCAUAUGCUGGAUGUUUCCUAAGGAGUAAGAGUGCUACUCUCUGAAGUUUACUUUUAUCCAAGUGUGGAAUGGAGAAACUUUAUAGACUAUACGGAUUCUAUGAUUCUUCUCCAGUGCAAAAAGUAAAUUCAGAACUUGGCACUGGGUGCAGAAUUUGGCGUGCUUUCCCUUUUGAAACCCCCCCCCCCAUUUUUUUCUUAAUUUUCAUAAUUUAUACAGGUCUUGACAUUAUAGUUCCUUUAUGCUGAAUUCUAUUUUUUUUAAUAUGCAAACUGCACAGCCUAUGUGAUUAAUUGGCUGUUCCACUUCAUUUGCUCUUUUUAACAAUACUUUUGGGAACACAAUCCCAGGGGUUCCUUGGUUUGUAUUGUACUCAUUUAAUUUAUGUUGGGCACCAGCAUUAGAUUUGCUGCUUCUGGAACCAUGACAACAAGAAGAAGCUGGAAAUAGCAUAUCUUAUUUCAGAGACAAAUAUUUAAGAGACAUCAAGCAGAAAUGCUGUGCGGUACAAAGUUUGCUAUAGUUGAGUUGGCUGUUGGAGGGAGCAGACCAACAAAUACGGUACAUUUUCCUAGUGAAAUUUUAGUCUCAUUUCCUUCUUUAGCUAACCAACCAGAAAGACAUGGGUAUCAGAUAGGGUUAGUUAGUGCUGGAGACCAUUUAAUUGUCCCUCUGACACCCAUUAAUUCCACUUGUCUUCAAAGACCACAUUAAUACCACACUUUAAAGUACUAUGAUACUGUUUUAAACAUUCAUGGCUUCACCCAAAGAAUUCUAGGAGCUGUAGUUUAAGGGUGUUGAGAGUUGUUAGGAGGCCCCUAUUCUCCACCCACAGCUAGAAUUCCCAGAGCUCCCUAGGAAGGGUGAAACCACUCUGUAAACUGUUGCUGUGUGAGAGAUGUAGGGUCUAACAACUCUCAGCACCCUUAAGAAACCACAGCUUCCAGAAUUCUGACUAAUUAAUGUGGUAUCAUAGUGCUUUAAAUGCAUGGUGAGAAUGUGGCCUAAGAUGAGACCCAUUAAUUCCGCUUGCCCCUCUAAGAUGAGACCCAUUAACUGUUGACAUUCUAAAAGCUCAGAGACAGCAAGAGAGUUUCAGCUGCUGCAAAGCCUCCUGCCCUUUUGCUCAAGCAGUCCCUCCUCCCACCCUUCUCUUCAGUUCUGCUGACUACAGCAAGUACAAGAGAAGAGGCUGGGAAAGCACCACUUCUGCAUAUUAUCCUGAUAACACCAGGUUUUAAGACUGGUAGACAAAUAGCAUGUUUAUGAUAAGAAAGUCUGUGCCUAUGUGGCUUUGCAGUAAUAGACAGAAGACCAAAAUGGAUCAGAUAAUUUUGUGUGUACGUGUGUGUAUCAGAUUUAUCAACUGUUUGCCAGCCAGAAGCUGUCGAUAGGAAAAAAAUGGGAUAAAGUACCAAUGAUUCAGACUCGAAAAACAAGAUUAAACGCAAAAAUACAGGCUCCAAGAUUGAGCAAAUCUUGGAAAUAGUUUUGUUUUAGAACUACAGUAUUUCUAAGAUUUGCUCAAUUAAUAUUCCAUAAAUGACUAGAUAAAGGAAAACCGGCAUAAACUCCUUGGCAAAACACCAAAAUACUAGCUGCCUGUAUAAUUUCUUAUAGAGAAGAUUACCGUGAUUUUGGAAAAGUUCAUGUCUGGGGGAAAAUGUAUCCUGAGUUAAAUUGGGGUGGCUUCACGUGCAGUUUUCAUUAUCUUCUGCUCUUUGCAGUGCUUGUCUCCAUGCAGAGGCACACAUACUAAGCAGAAUUCCACACCUGUUUUUCAUUAUGUGAUUUGCCAGUGUCAUCUUCAGCUGUGCUCUGCUAAAAACAAACCUGAUAUCCUGCAUCACAUAUGUGCCUCUUGAAGUAGUGGGAACAGCAUUUCUCUGGAACUGUUUUCCAGAAUUGCUCUUAAUCCAGUGCAAAGGCAAUCUCUACUAAGAGCUGGUGGAUCCCAAAUGCAUGUCCACCACUUGAUGACUGCAGCAUGUGUGAAAGGCCUGGCAAAGAUCAAACGCCCCCAAUUGGACACCCAUAAUGCUUUUCCAUGGAGUCAGUUUGCACAUCCAGCUGCAAGUCAACAAGUGGUGUGUUUCAUGAUAUGAAGACAGGAUGCCUUGAAUGUUCACUUCCAGUUCCUAAUGCCUACCAGACAGACAUGUGUUCAGCUGGAUUCUGUUCCUUCUUGUGUUUCUUUAACUGAAUUGUCCAUUGAAUAACUGCAAUACCAAGAAGUGGUGCUGACUAAAGAAAGGGCAUGGGAGGGCAUUAUUAGAAGUCAGUGAUGUUGAACAGAUGGCUCCAAAGGCAUCAUUAAGUGGGAGGGAAUAUCAUGGCUCAGGUGUCAUUUAGGAAAUAAAUGAAUGAACUCUGAGGAUGCCUCACAUAAUGUUGCUGAAUGAAAUGGCAAUUAUUCUACAGUACAUACAUUUUGGGGUGAAUUCAUGCAUGCAUUUCACUUGGGGACUGCCCACUUGUUUACACUGUUGUGGAGAGAAACCACAACUAUUUCCCUUACAAGCAUUGUCAUGAAAUAGAUCCAUGUUUGCUACAUCAGAACUUACACUUUGACUACAGACACAUGAGGCUAAAGUGAUAAAGAAAUUACGAGACCUAUUUUUUUGGUAGAAGACCGCUGGAUUUUGAAUCACAUAGGUUUGACUAAUUGUUUUGAUUUUGGGGGGCAGUCCCUGAGCUCUAAACUGCAUCAACACAAUUCCUUUCCUGCUUCCUGCAGUCUUUAGCUAGUUGGGUGAGAAGCUUCAGGGUCACACAUCAAUGCAAAGGGGGGGAUGACAUGAACCAUUUGUUCUUUCUGGGCUUCCUGUGGAACCCUGAAAAGGUGGUAUGCAUCUUCCCCCAACAGUGAAAUCUGCAGGCAAGUGCAUAUAACAAAUCUUCAUUUUUAAAAAAGCAAAGAAAAACAGCCUGGGGAUGAUCCAGUUUUGCCUACAGGAGUGGCAGAGGGAAGGAGUGCUUAGCUCCUGCCCUGCUGUCCAUUUUUCUACCCAAAACCCCCUGCCCAACUAUACUACUCCCCACUACCUGGGAGGGAUCUAAAUAUGUUUGGAUAAAGGUAGGAAAGCAAAUGGGGAAUUUGAACAGGAAGAUGAGUGGUAGGAAGCAGCUAAGCUUGCUGUUACUUUACUCAAAUGGUUUCCCCAGGCUACUUUCCACUUUCAAAAUAAAAACGCUGGGGCUUCAUUAUGUAUAUUUUAAUAUAGUGUUGUUGUUUGCCCUUGAAGCUCAAUUUGUCUCACCCUGGGAAAGAUUUGAGCUGCGAACGUUUCUGACCUAUUCACCCUGGUGUGGAACAAAAUAGCAGCCUCCUCCCAUUGGGCCCAGAGAUAUGAGAGUGAUGAGAAACAAUCCAGCAGCUCCCGUGCUGCUGAGGUAACAUAAAAUUAUCCUAGUGUGGUUGCUUGAAGGCAAAGAGGACAUCAUCCUCAAUUAACUAGGAAGCUUAUUUGUAAUGUGCACGCCCAGCGUAAUUUGAAAACACUUUUCCACCACCGUUGCCAGAAGACAAGGUGGCCAACCAAGUGUUUCGGUGAGGUGGACAAGUGUGGUGGGCAUGAGACUAUUCAUCCUGGGCAGCAGAAAAGACUAAGACUGGCUUUGCUCAGGGAAAAUGGCAAUCCCUCCCUUUCUCCAUAUGCCAAACCCUUCAUUUUAUCAUCGCAACAAUCUUGUGGGAUAGGUUAGGGUGAAAGAGGGUGACUGUCCCAGGGGAACUGUAGUGUAAUUCUAUGCAUGUUUACUCAAAAGUCACUGUGUUCAAUCACUGUUAAGUGUGUUUAGGAUUGCAGCUGUAGUAAAUAAGCUACACAAAUAAAUAAGCCCUGUGCCCUACUGGUUUCCCUUGGAAACUCUUUAGCAAUAAAUCAGACCAAAUCAAUGGAAAACAUGAUUGCCAUUUGUUCCAAUUUGGUACUAAAGAGCAGGUUUCCGUGAGGCAAAGUGACAAUGGAAGAAUGGAUAAGCUGUAAGCAGAUGGUGCCGUCAGGCAGUGCCACCACCUGGAUUGGCUGUAAGUAAGAAGGCCGGCAAGUGAGCACUGGCUGAGGGCAAACUGAGGUUGGUGGAGCAGUGCCCCAUUCACUCUAAUGGACCAGUCCGCACUGCUUUCAGGCAGAUGCUAUUCUUGUGAGCAUGUAUCUGGAACUCUACAGAGAUUAAAAGGAAGAGAAAAUCCCUCAGAGACAUUUUGAUGCAUCUUUCCUCAGACUCACCCUUCCAGAAGAUGCUUUUCUUUACAAAGAAUAGCCACGUAGCUUCGUUUCAUGCAUUUUUAUGUAAUGUGCAGUUAGGCUCUUCAGCAUUGGGUUAAAGGGAUAAAUGAGCCUAAAAAAUGAAGUACGUGAGCCCAAGCCCAUGUCUUCAGCCAUGUAUAAAUCUGAAACUUUCAAAGCCCCAAGCCCUUCCUUUAGACAGACAUUGAGAGCUGUGCAAUUCUGUCUCAGAAAGGAAUGAGGGUUUGUCCAGCUGCCAUGGAUGUAGGUAUGAGUCAAUAUUUGAACUGGCUUAAGAACUGCGUACACCCAGCAUUGGAUGGAAGCCCAUCCAUAUUCCUUUGCUUUGACCCCCUGUAAAACUAAAACUUCCUUGCCACGCCCUGUAUUGAACUUGGCAUGUGUCUCGCGCAUGCCAAGUCUGUCACCUGUCUCACACAUGCAAAGUGAAGCAUCCAGGAAGCUUUUUUUCAUAUUUUUGUGAGAAAUGAAUUGUGUUCUAAGCAAUAUUUGCUGGAGCAUGUCUUAGCCAGCAUCCGUAGCUGCAGAUUUGCACAGGGCCAGUCUGCUUCUCUUGGGUCCCCUUGUGCAUAUCAGUUUGACUCAUCUGUGCUCUGCCAUCUCUUAUGCCUGUCCCAUCCCCCACAGCGCCAACCUCUGCUCUGUAAAUCAGAUGAGGUGAAACCUGCUGACAUAUUGAUUAUUAUUUAAAUCUGCUCUCUCUCUCUCUCUCUCUUUUUUUAAAGAAGCAACAGCAACAUCCUGCUAGUCGUUUGAAAAUUUACUUGGGGCUUUUCACUGUCACUUUUGUGCCCUUUUAAUACUGUUUUUAAUAAAGCUUGAAAAUGGGACUGUUUUUAUAAUUUCAUUUUAAACUUUUUAAUCAAUUGCCUUUGAGCCUUUCUGUUGAAGAGUACCCUAAGUAUAAAUAAGUAACAAAAUUAAGAACAACCCCUUGCCCCACUUUCUGCAUAUCCAGAGUUUCUCCUUCUACCACUUUGCUCCAAUUGAAGGAGGAAGAGUAUAUGUAAGAGGAAGCAAUGAUAUAAAAACUAGAUUGGAACUUGCCAGAUUCUUUUUCCAAAAAGAAAUAAGAGAAGGUUUACAUUACAAUUAAGUAAAAUAAGAUGGGAAGAAUGAUGCAGCAAUAAGCCUAAGCCAUAAAACGUUUAAAAACAUUAAAAACAAUGGAGCUAAAACCAUAAAAACUUAAAGCUGGAGGGUUUGAUUAAUACUGCCAUAUUGUUUCUCCUCCCAGUUACUUGCAUUAAGAAUCUGGAAGCAGGGGGCCUCAUGGGUCUGCCUAGUUCAGUAUUGCCUUCCAUGAUUAGCAGUUCUUCUGUGUUUCAGGGAGGGGACAUUCCCAGCUCUAGCUGAGUGAGGUUUUCUGCACGCAGGGCAUGCGUUCUACCAGCCCUGAUAAUUUGGCUCUUCCCCUUUAGGGUAGUGAUGGCCAAACAGUAGAACCAACCAGAAAGAUGGGUUUCAAUGGCACCAGUGAAACUAUGUGUGAUCCAAGAAUUGUGGCCUAGCAUCCUUGAGUGCAUGCCUUGGGUUGUAUGCCACAGUCACAUGGAACAGCAAGAUGCCUUUAGGCCCAUCUUGACACUUACGUUUGUGGACCACAUGCUGAUUUCUGUCUCAUUUUCCUUUACAAAAUGGCCCAAAGCAGCUGUGAAUAUUGCCCCUGAAACCUCAUUCAGCAGGGAAAGUUACACUCUCUCAAUAAUAGUAAAACAAGACAUCCAGUUCAAAAGACAUCCCAAAGACACAGUAGAAUAUCACUGCCCACCAAAAUGGCAGAAGGAGAUGGAGCCAGGCAGGCAACAUUUGGACAAGGGGACGAUUCUGCUGUCUUGGUCCAUGACAGAAUGGUCCCUGUCUCUUUUACACAGCCACCAUACUUCCACAGAAAGAGGGGGUGCAGAGAAUGCCUCUGAUGGUUCAUAUGUGACAAUGAGGGUCUUAUUUUAUCCCGAUCCAAGGUGUAUUCUACUCCCGAACAUCCAUCACGUAGCUUUUCAGUAUUGCUAUUAGACUUGUCCCACAGCGGAUGGUUGAUGCAUUGAAUUGCUCAUGAUUUACAUUCUCCAAGCUUGAAAAGCUGGUUUUAAGUCGCCCUGUGUUGUGAAAGUGACCCUUGAUGAAUCAGAUAAAUGUAAGGGUAAGGCUGCUCCUGCUACCACUGCUGACUCUUUAUUCCACAGCACUCUCUAAAAUAUGAAGGUGACAAAGGGCUUACAAGACAUAUCCAUGAGGAAAUGACCAAAUGAUGAAGGAGGUGUAUUUCUCAGUGGUCCCUAGAGAGCAGCCCCGUGCCAGGGAUCAUACUUUUCAGUUGAAUUACCUAAAACCUAAUUAUUAUUUUUUAAGCGUUUGAUGGUGAUCACUUGCUCUGUUGUUGCUGGGUCUUUCUUUCUUUCUUUCUUUCUUUCUUUCUAUCUUUCUUUCUUUGGCACUUCCAGACUGUUAGGAUUGAGUUUCAUCAUGGAAGAAAGGUGGACUAAAUUAAUAAAACAAAUAAAAGCACUCAGUAUGCGGUGAACAGCCUUCCUUGGCACAGCCCACAAUGUUUUAAUGGAACCAAGUUUAACUGUUCCCAUUGCUGGGGGGGGGGGGGCAUCAAACAAAUCUCAACCUUGGCCUGGAAUAAUGCUUGUUAAAUAUUAACAGAAUCUCUUAAGGUUAGCUUGAGAAUUCAAAGUAUUUGUGUGUUUAAAUGUGUGUGCGUGUGCAACACUUGGAAUUGUGAAAUCAUGGGUCAUAUUUCACUGUACAAUCAAUAACCUUUUGUAUGGGACUUCAGGUUAUUUUUCAGCAAACUUUUAUUUAUUGUACUGUUGCAGACGUGUGGUUUGUAUCAUAAUUUUCCUGUACUUUGGAGUGAAAAGAAGCUUAAUUCCUGAGUAGCCAGAGUUUCUUUCUUUUUAAAGAGAAAUCCAAGGAAUUUUUCAGAGCUAUGGUGGUUUAGAUUAAAGUGACAUCCAUGGUUUACAAUAACAGUAUUAGUUCUUGCAGCAUCUUAAAGACUAACAAAUAUAUUGAAGCAUAAACAUUCAUGGGCCGGAGGCCACUUCGUCAGGUGCAUGUUGGUCUCUAUAAUGUGGAUAGAGACAAUGUGAUGUUCUAGAAUAAAAGUUAGCUCUUUGAAAUAAUGCACAUGCGACAUCUGUACUUAAUCCAAACAGCUUUGUCAUGAUUCCUGAAAUUAGAAAUGUGGUAGAAUUAUACACGUGCAAAGCAACAAUUCCCAAAUACAGGCAUAAUUUUAAAGCAUAAAAAGGAAUCCAGAUAGAAGGUCCUAGUGUGAUAAUAGAUAACAGAGGAGAAGAGACCAAAGCAUGGAUGCCAGCAGAAUUUUUUUCAGUUCAACACUAUAAACAACCAAUCAUAACUAGCACCACAGCAUGUCUACUAUUUCUGGUAGAUCUGGUGACUGAACAGCGUUGAGACCUGGGUAGACCUGGCCUCUGAGAAACAUGUAUUUCAGGUCUAUCAUCUACCUUGUUUCUCAACAGUUAGACAUGCUAUCCAUCCAUGAGUCUACCUGACAUCCAGAUGAUGCCUUUCCAUUCACAGCUGAAACUCAGUUCUUUUCCUGCUUCCCUUUAGCCCUUCUAGCCCUUAAUUAAUUGUCCAGUUAAUACAAUCAACUGCACUACAUUACCCUUAAAAAAAAAAAAAGCACACCAGAAUUUAAAAUAAUACUGGAUUACACUUCAGGGCUUUUACACACUGUCCUUCUCUCUUCUUUGAGCAGAAUGAGUAUAACAACACUGGGUUACUUUGCAAGGCUGGCACAAUAAUCCACAUUCUCUCUGACACAGCUCCACCUUCUGUAAUAUGGGUAAAAUAAUCUUGGAUUUUGAGAUGGUUUGCCCAUCGUUGUAAGCCAGAGUUAUGCUGGCAUGUUAUGCUGGCUCCUGCAAAGGAGCUCACACUCACCUAGCUCCUCACCAGGCUAAAAAGCACACGAGAGCAGCAGCUAUGUCAAGAACUGGCUUAGUGGGCCAUCUGAACCCAGGAUCAUCAUCAAGGUCUCUCUUCUUUAACAACAGCAAUCUGCAACCAUAAGAUAGAUUCGUGUGUUUGUGCUUGGUCAUGGUUUGGCUAAGCAUUUUAUGUAUCUGUAUUGGUAAAAUAGUUUUUUUAAAAAAAUGUUUACAAACUCACUGAUGGGAAACCUCUCUCUCUUUUUUACAUUUCAUUUGGCAUGAAAUAAGACUUAGAUUAGAAAUAUUGUGCCUUUCCUGCUACCUUCUGCUUUGGAACGGAACCACAACCUUCCAGUCACAGCUUCUUUUAUCAUUUUCAGUGCAUUAUUAUUAUUAAAAUCUAUACCUCACCCUUUUCCUCUAAGGAGCUCAAGGUGGCAACAUGGUUCUCCUUCUCCCCAUUUUAUCCUCACAAUAGCCCUGUAAGGUAGGACUUGAAUCCUGGUCGCCCAGGUCCAAGUGGCUUAUGCUAACCACUACACCACAUUGAUUCUCUUCAAUGAGGAAGCACUUCAACCCAUAAGGUGCCAGCUAGAGCAAAGGGCUGGCUGAUGCUUUACUUCUUAAUUUCAGUGGUGCCACACUCACCACACUGAUCGUGUGUGUGUGUUUGUGUAUUAGCACUGCAGCAGCCAGCAUAAUAGAGAUCAUUAGCAUCCACAUAUCUGAAGAAGUAUACACGCACACGAAAGCUCAUACCAAUAACAAACUUAGUUGGCCUCUAAGGUGCUACUGGAAGGAAUUUUUUUUAUUUUGUUUCGACUAUGGCAGACCAACACGGCUACCUACCUGUAACUAGCAUCCCCAUGUCGGUGUGAGAUGUUCCGAUUUGGUGUGUCUGACACUUGCAACAACUUUGCAUGAGAAUUGACUGACUGAGGCCACUGGAAAGGAAAAGGCAAUUGAAAACAGAAGCAGGAAGUGUGGUGUUGGUUUGGGGGCGAGAAUGGAAGAGGAUCAAAGCAUCAUUGGGCACUUGCUUGAGAGGCGCACCUUAUACAAUCGACUCUGCUAACAGCUCCAGACUCUUCCCAACUUUGAAGCCAGAGGCAUUUCAGAGCUGCAGGAUUUCCUUAAAGUAGCGAAGUAAUGCUUCUCAAGCCCGCUAGUCACUGCAAGCUGAACCCAAUCCUGCUAUUCGUGUUCCUCUGUCCCUAAAAAAUGUAUAGCAUGGGCCUAAGCAGGUUAGACAUGCGGGUGAGACAGGUUCGGAGGUGUGUGUCAAGUGAAUCAACUUUAGGCUUAAUAAUAGUUUCAGGUACAUGAAUACAGAAAUGGUAGGUAACCUUAAAAUAUAAUGAAAGACAGAGGGUUGGCUUUGGUCUGUGACAGGCAAAUGGGGAAUGAGGGCAAAAGCUGAAAUUGGUUUGAAAUAUUUGUAAGAAGAGAUGAUUUCAGGAUACGGUGGUUCCACAGCAGAGAGCAGGGCAAUGGGAAUGAGGAAUUAUGUGCACAUUUUCGUAACACAUAAGACAUUGAAAUUGCUAACUUUUUAAAAUGAUAAAACAAACAAACAUUUUCAAGUUUUAUUUACAAAACUAGUAAAGUUUAAAAAUAGGCACAUUUUCAUAGCAUGCAAUUAACACUGUGAAAUUGAGACUACCAGAUUAGAUUUAAAAACAAAACUUGCAACAAUUUAUAAAUGUUUUCAUUCUGCUUCCACAUUAUUUGCAGGCCUUCAUAGGUUAGAAGGAAAGCUUUCCUCAGUUCAAGGUCUUUGGCCACACAGCUAUUUCAUUGGUUAGUAGGUUGUGGCAGGAUACCAUGACGUUUGUUCUGGUCUUCAUCAAUUGGUAUAGCUCAUUGGUUUACCAAAAAAGAAAGAGAGAGAAGGGAGGUUGUAACAAUUUAUCUGCUCUUUGACAUUCUGGUUUAAGUUGUAUAGGGUGGUGUGUCUUUGGUUGCAGUCUCCUUGAAUGAUGAAAACUGCUCACUGAAAAGCACAGAUUUUUGGCUUAAUAAUUAUCAAAGCAGAGCAGUUAAAAACCCUUGAAAUGAAGCAGAGCAUUUUAAUGCCGCCUGUAAGAAUUCCCAUUUCCUCAUUAUUUGUAAGAACACCCAGUGUUAAAAGAAUGCAUGAGAUGAUGUAGAGUACAAGCAUUUUAGUGAAAAGCAUCAUAAGAGAACUUCUUGUUUUCCUUGAAACAGGUGCAUUGCACUUAAGAUGGCCAAAAAAGAGGACAGGACAGAACAGUACAAAGAUUUGCAUAGUGUUUACAUGUUAAUUCAUAGGUGCACAUUUAGAAAUAAUUACUAUAAUUUAAAUUCAAAUAAAAUACACCUCAUCAUAGAGACAUGGUGACCCAUGUUCUUGCUGGGGCUUCUGUCUGGCUGCUAAAUGUUGAUGGUCAUCAUCAAGACCUCUGCUGCUGUCUCUUCUUAGAGUUCUCUGUCUUUCAACAGGACUUUGAUCAGACAGUCCCUCAAAUAGAAAACACCCUCAAAUAGAGGCCUUCUGCUAGCCUUUCAUGUAGAGAUUGAUCUUCUGUAAAGAAGGACACAGGGCUUUUUUCAGCUGGAACUUACUCAGUUCCAGCACCUCUCAGCUGGGUGCCAUUGCAAUUAUAAGAGAACAAGGGAGGUGUUUGUGGUGCAUUCCGGCACCUCUUUUUCUAGAAGAACAUGUGGCCACCCCAUAUAAUGCUUCUAUCUACUGGUCCCUCUCUGGUUCACACAAAUGACCAGGGAACAUGGUAGGAUAAAGUGGCAGCUUGUGCAACAUGCAAAGGUGGACUUUCUAUGAUGGGCGCAAGUGUCUCCAAGAGGGAAAGGCGCCUGCAUUUUCCAGGCACACUUCCGGCAUUUUCAGCUGUGUAACUGUGCUGAACUUGAUGCACUGGAAGCUACAUUACGUAUGUGUCUUAAAAAUAGUGUGGGUGCUUAAAGCUUUUCCAAAUUAUGUUUGCACCUGGGACUGCUUCAUUUCUGAUAUGAUGAUCUUAGCUGUGCCUAUGUAGUAAAAUAACAACUCUUGCCUUGAUCAACUCAUGUUUGCAGACACUGUGGAGUAUGUUGCCCCAUGACUAGUAGUGGGGCAAUUAUAAUACAGGGGUAGGGAACCCAUGUCAGGGAAGUGGGUGGUGCUGUGGUCUAAACCACAGAGCCUCUUGGGCUUGCCAAUCAGAAGGUCGGCGGUUUGAAUCCCCACGAUGGGGUGAGCUCCUGUUGCUCGGUCCCAGCUCCUGCCAACCUAGCAGUUCAAAAGCACACCAAAAAGUGCAAGUAGAUAAAUAGGCACUGCUCCGGCGGGAAGGUAAACAGCAUUUCCAUGCACUGCUCUGGUUUCAGUGUUCCGUUGCACCAGAAGCAGCUUAGUCACGCUGGCCACAUGACCCGGAAAAACUGUCUGCGGACAAAUGCCAGCUCCCUCGGCCUGUAACGCAAGAUGAGCGCCACAACCCCAGAGUAGUCUGCGACUGGACUUAACUGUCAGGGGUCCUUUACCUUUACCUUUAGGGAACCCAUGGUCCUCUAGAUGUUGUCAUAAUGCAGCCCCCAUCAUCAGUGAUUGUUGGCCAUUCUGGCUGUGGGUGAUGGGAGUGGGAAUCCAACAACAUCUGCAGGGUCCCAAUGCCAGAUGUGAAUUAAACCACUGAAGGAAUGGUGUUGAUGCAGGUUCAUUGUACUUGGGUGGGGCAGAAACUACUAAAUAAAUCACUGUCCCCAAAAGAAGGAAGCAUGACUUCAACUCCCAACACUGACCUCCCUGUAAUUUAGAUGCAUUAGUGUAGGCUCAGAGAGUAGCAGAAGCAUUAAAUGCCUUUUUUUGUGGAAUGAUGGCAAUAGUGAAUCACCAGUGGAGAGGUGAGUUGAGUCCAAUUCCAUGGGGCUGGAUUCCAGCAGAAUCCCUUGUUCAGCAUUCUGGGCUGCUAAGACGGCUUUCAGGGAAAGAGCAGAGGAAGGUGGGCGUCCAGUAUAGCCCAAUAUUAUCUUGACAUUUUCACAAGCAUUGCAGACAAUCUAGGGGAUCAGACGUAGCAUCCUGAGCCAAGCCACAUCUGCUGUGUAGGAAGGUUCACCUGACACCUUCAUUAUAUGCCUUUAGGCACCAGGCAAUAAUGUUCCACUUUGGAUGGUUGACAUUCAAUGCCCUUUAAAAAUGUGUUGGGACAGGGGUUAUUGGGUUGUUUUUGUUUUUAUUUCAAUUAUAUAUUUUGUGUUUUUAUCCUGUGAGCUGCCCUGAGACCUGUGGUGAUAGGGCAGUAAUUUAUUAUUAUUAUUAUUAUUAUUAUUAAUCAUAGUAAUAAAAAGCAGAGGGGAAAUCCCAGCCAACUGCAAACUCUGCUUUGAGUUUUGCAAGGGAGCAGCCUGCAAAGAGGGAACAUGGCCAGGGGGUUUGCAUUAUCAUGAAAACCAUUUUGUAAAAGGUCCCCUUUUGACUUGUGAACAGAGCACAUCUGGGAACCAACUUGGCAUAUUUCAGAUCAAUAUAUGAAUCUGUUCAUUUUGGACUAGUGCUGGAGAACCUGUGGGCCAGAUCAGGCCUGCCAACCCAGGGGUCAGCAAACUUUUUCAGCAGGGGGCUGGUCCACUGUCCCUCAGACCUUGGGGGGGGGACUAUUUUUUUGGGGUGGGGGGAUGAACGAAUUCCUAUGCCCCACAAAUAACCCAGAGAUGCAUUUUAGAUAAAAGCACACAUUCUACUCAUGUAAAAACACGCUGAUUCCUGGACCAUCCACGGGCCAGAUUUAGAAGGCGAUUGGGCCAGAUCCGGCCCCCAGGCCUUAGUUUGCCUAGCCAUGCCUUAUAGCACACCAGUCCCAGACCUGAAUUUCUUUUUUCUCUGACGGGAAACUUGAAAAGACUUCCUGAGAUUAGAGCAGGGGAAUUCAAAAGGCUUUGCUCCCAGCUGGGAAACUGGGAGACAGAUUGCUUCCUGUACCCAUGUGCUGUAUGUAUGUAGCUGGGCUGAGCAUGUGAGCCAUAUGUAUGUCUGCAUGAGCAUAUAUGUACUGUGUGCCGUGAGAGGCAUUCGGCCCUCUGAGGGAUGUCUAUCCUGCAAUGUGGUCCUUCAGCUGAGAAAGUUUAGCCACCCCUCCUUCAGGUCCUUUUCUUCAGAAUUUUGCCAUGUUGCUUAAUGCUUAGCAAUACACCAAUAAGCAAUUUACAAAUAUUUGCAGUGCAAAAUCAAUAAAUAACAAAUGCCAAAUAAAUAACGAAUUGCCAAAAGCCAGAGAACCAUAUAUCAAUGGAAUUGACUCUUGUAAUGCCAGGAGAUGAUAGAUAUAGAUAGAUAGAUUCUGGUUUGCUUUGAAACUGAAGCCUGUUGUUUGCCAUGUGCUUAAAUCUCUGAAUGUUUCUGCCUUCCACCAAUUGUUGUUUAUGGUCUUUGAAGUCUGUUUUCCCAACGUUUUUCAGAAUGCUCAAGAGCCUCAUGGAGUGGCUGUGCCAACGCCAUCAGUACCAGAAGGCUUUGAGGAAAAACCAGCUCUAGGUAAGAUGACAGUUGUUAAGAUGACAGUUGUUAAAUCAACAACUCCUGCUUUGCACAUGUACACCAUUCAAUUCAGCUUGUCCCAGACCUUUGUACUGAUGAUCUUUUGACAUCACUAUUGACUUCCUUGCAACAGCAGCACAAUGACACACACUGUGGUACCGCACAGUCAUAGGGACACAGAAGCUGGAGUCAGGUGAUUGGUCCACCUACCUCAGUUUUCCCAGUAGUGAUGUAUGGAAGUGAGAGCUGGACCAUAAAGAAGGCUGAUCGCCAAAGAAUUGAUGCUUUUGAAUUAUGGUGCUGGAGGAGACUCUUGAGAAUCCCAUGGACUGCAAGAAGAUGAAACCUCUCCAUUCUUAAGGAAAUCAGCCAUGAGUGCUCACUGGAAGGACAGAUCCUGAAGCUGAGGCUCCAAUACUUUGGCCACCUCAUGAGAAGAGAAGACUCCCUGGAAAAGACCCUGAUGUUGGGAAAGAUGGAGGGCACAAGGAGAAGGGGACGACAGAGGACGAGAUGGUUGGACAGAGUUCUCGAAGCUACCAGCAUAAGUUUGACCAAACUUUGGGAGGCAGUGGAAGACAGGAGUGCCUGGCGUGCUCUGGUCCUUGGGGUUACAAAGAGUCGAACACGACUAAACGACUAAACAACAAACAACCUCAGUGUCAUUGUCAGCAAAGACUUGCAGUGACUUUGCAGGAUUUCAAGCAGGGUUCUCUCUCAGCCCUACCUGGAGAUGCUGGGGAUUGAACCUGCAAAGCAAAUGAGAUACCAAUAAUGAGCAUUUUAAUGUGGCAUCCUGUUAUUUUUUAUAGCAGGACAUUUUUAAUGAUCAAUUAAAAACAAACCAGAAAGCACUUUACAUUUAUUUUAAAAUAUUCACCAUUAGUUCAGUAGUUUCUGUUAGAACAUGUUCCAGCUUGAGAACAUGUCUGAGAACUUCUAGAAAUCUAUGCUGAACCUAAGUCCGACUCAGAGUAGACUCGCUGAAAGCAAUGGACUGAAGUUACUCAUGAUGACUAACUUUCGCCCAUUUGUUUCCAUAGGCCUACCUGGAGUAUCACUUGGUUGGAUAUCACCCAAAAUAUUUAGUGUUGCUAACAGGAAGACAGCUUGGCACCGAGUUAAGGGCAGCUAUCAUAAAGCUGAAUCAACCUCUUCAAGAGCACGUUCAGCUAGUUUCUGCAGUCAGGCAGCCAUGGCAAUUAUCAGACAUAUUAAAAAAUAUAAAGUUACUUCCCUGUUAAUAAGUCAGUCUUGUUUGCUACAGCCGCAUAUUCACUAGGAAACGGGCAAGUAUUCGCCCUGCUUGUUUUGAUAUCAGCCCAGGAAAAGGCUGCCAGUCUUGCAGGCUCCAGUAUCUGUUCCUGCAUUGGGAGGAACAUUUCCUGGACACCAGCUGUGUGGAGUGCUGAAUGUAGUUUCACAGAGCAGCUAUUAGAAAAAACCAUUAGAUUCCCAUCGAGAUUGCUUUGCUGGUUGUUCUAGAAAAUGUAGAUGUUACAGUGGUAGAUGAAUGUUUCUGUUGGGUCACCACCCAGCCUACACAAAUGGUAUGUUGGGGGCUGUUUAAACCAGAGCAUCGACAGAUAGGUGCCAGAAAAGGAGCUAAUCCCUCACCUGUGCCAGUCACUCUAAAAUUAAAGCAGUGAUGUUUCAAAUCGGAAGGUGAUCCAGCACCGGCAGCAAAAGAGCUGGGAAGAAGCAGUUUCAGGAGAAAACUGGCCAUUCAAAUGACUCCUGUGUUUCCAUAAUGUGUGGUUUUGCUCUGUAGCUCUAAACUAGAUGUGACUUGCUCAGUGCAUAUUUGCAUUUACUGUGCAGGUUUUUAAAACUGCAGAUAGCACUAGCUGGGGAAGGGUACUCCAAAGCAAACAGCAUAUUCAAGUGGAAGGAUCUUCCUCAAAUCUGCAGUAGGGGAGGAUAGACUUCAACUCCCUCUCCUCACCUUUUGUGGUCCCAAUAAUUAUCAGCUCCCGCCUCCUACAGCUGAUCUUGUUUUCAUUUGUAAAAACCUGCUCAAUUAGAUGUAAAUGUUCAUUUAAUGAACUACAUCUUGUUUGGCCCUUACUCUGCUUCAGCAAAAGAAACAAGGCAGUUAUCUAAUCAUCUGGGAGGUUGCAUAGCUCAGUUGGUUACAGUGCGGUGCUGAUAACACCAUGGCUACAGGUUUAAGCCUCAUAUGGGGCAGCUGCAUAUUUCUGCAUUGCAAGGGGUUGGACUAGAUGAUCCUCAGGGUCCCUUCCAACUCUAUGAUUCUAUGAUUUUUUGAUCCAGAUGAUGGAGCUCCCUCCAAUUACCUGCAUAGACCUCCUUUGCAUGCACAGGAGAUUCUGAACCACAUGUGAGCACACAUGAUUCUCUGGAAUGAGUCAAGAACUGCUGUGUGGUUGCCAUGUUACUGAUAAAGUUUCCCUUUUGCAUCUCCAAUUUGUAUCAGUUUCAGAAUCUGAAAGAGUUUCUGAAAACUGAUAAAAGCUAUUUAGUUAGAAAAAACUGUCAGGGACCAAAGCAGUCUUCUCAGUUUCAUGGAAUUCUAAAACUUAUCCAAUGCCCUCCAUCAGCACAAGAAUUUCCACUUGCGUAACAGAACCCAGCCCCAUUUCCUCUCCCUGCCCACACACUGCACCAGGGGUGCCAACUUGAAUAAAAUAUUGUGGGGACCCAGGUAAACCCCACCCCACAUAAUCAAUCACAUGACACAGUGUACACACACCAUUUGAAUGGGAAUGCCCAUCAACUUUGUGGGUGCUUGGCCCCCUCAAAUAUUUUAUUGUGGAGCCCAAAGCAUCCAAGGCCCCUAGGAGUUGACUCCUAUACCCAGCACCUUCCCCAAAUUUGCUCCAAAGGGCUGGGGGGAACCCCUCCCCCCCCCGAGGGGUGGGGGAAGGGAGAUCCAGUAUGCAAUUGCCAAUACUUGUGCUGACAGAAUGAACGCUCACUCCUCCGAUUGUGGGUGCCCUUUGCAGGACCGUGCACAGGACCCCCAAGCCACGUGAGAAUUGCCAGCUGGUUGUGCUGGCCCGCCCCCCUGAAGUCACAGUUGUUGGGGGUUCCCACCAAACUCCUGUUCAAAUAAUCCAAUCAGCGGCUUUGGUGGAGGCGGGGCCAGCUGAGCGGACCGCAAGUGAGCAGGCUUCACUCCAGUCUGCUCGAGGUGAAUAAAAGGGGGGCGGACAGAAUGUGUUACUUAGAAUGGAAGGAAACCAAAAAUAGAAACUAUUAUGAAUGGACUUGUAUGAAUUUAUGUCUGUUUCUUCAUUUUUCAGUGAAAGGGGGCCAUGUUUGGGGAAGCUUUUAAUGUUUAAUAGGUUAUUGUAUUUUAGUGUUUUAUUGGAAGACGCCCAGAGUGGCUGGGGAAACCCAGCCAGAUGGGCGUGGUAUUAAUAAUAAUAAUAAUAAUAAUAAUUUAUUAUCCCCGCCUACCCAUCUUAUUAAAGAGUUUCUCAGCAUUGCCUAACAGAAAAUGUUUGCCUGCCUUAAUAUUGACUAAAUUGAGAGACCACCUUAACACCACUGUAUGUGUUGUUUUCUCCCCAGGACUAGCAUCUCAGAUCAAUGGCAAUUACAGAAAGUACAAUUCGGUUCUUGAUCUGAGGCCCAAGGCAUUUGAAGAGAACUACUUGGAUGAUGAAUACAUUCCACCACCACCACCUGUUCCCCCUCCUCCACCACCACCAAUGGUUGACGUACCACCACCUCCGAUGGAAGUUCCACCACCACCUCCGAUGGAAGUUCCACCUCCACCUCCCAUGGAAGCUCCACCUCCACCUUCUGUGGAACCCCCACCCCCACCAAUGGUGCCUCCACCCCCGCCACCUCUUCCAGGAAUGCCAGCGCCAUCUCCUUCAUCCCUGGCUCCACCUUCAUUCUCAUAUUCCAAUUUGUCUUCCCCCAGUACUCCAUCCCCACCAGACUUCAUUCCUCCUACUCCUCCGCCUCUGGCUUUUAGGGAUGGCAAAGCCCCUCGUAUGCCUCCCAUUUCACCAGCGCUUCACACCCCACCAUUCUCCAAUGGUGUGUCCAAAUGGAAAUCUGAGACUGUUCUGAACCUGAGGCAGCCCGAAACCAUUUUCCCCAAUCCGAACCUUGCUUCUCCAAGCACUCCCACCCAUAAGGUGUCACUAUUGCCACAAUCCAGCCCAGAGCCUCACCUUACCUUUCCGAGGUCGUUAAAAGUACCUCCCCCGACUCCCGUGAGAACGUCCUCUAUAUCCUCGGCAGAAAAAGAAUCCAGUCCAAGAGAUGAGCAGCUCCCCAAGUUGACUCCUCAUAGCCGACCUGCCCUGCCAUCUAACUUUACUGUACGAAGUGCAGCCACGGUUCACCCAGAGGGAGAAGUCGCAGGGAAAGCCACAGUGGAAAAGCCUUCCAUGUUAACCACAGAGGCUGGAAGUUCAAAACGGACAUCAGAUUCUAAUGGCUCCUCUGCCUCCCUGCUGAAGCAAGAGGCACCCCCAGGCAAAGAAACAGAUUCUUCGGACUGGGCGUCCUCUGAUGAUGAAGACUGGAAGGAACGCAGCAACCUGGACAAGCUAAAGCAUGAAUUGUCUGCCCUGCUGUCCUCUUCGUGCAGAAAGGAAGACAGGCCACUAGACAGAACUGUAUCUCCCAAGACUAAAGCCAACGUUACCAACAGCAACCAAGUUAUUCCAGAUGAACCAAAACAAGCUAGGCCUGCCGUGACAAGCCCAAAAUCACCAGCGGUUACAGAAAGCGAAGGGAAAGGAAUCAGGCCUGCUAAUACACCUUCCAUGGGCAAAGCAUCCCCCAGUGAUGCUUCCUCAACCCUAGACAACAAAUCCACCUCUGUGCAAGCAAACAGUGUUUUGAAAUUCAAAGAUGAACUGGAAGCCUUGUUGUCACCAACCAAGGACGGGGGGCCACCUUUGGCUUUUGCAAACCUAAGACAUACUCCAGAACCAAAGAAGCAAGUUACUCUUCAGUUUGGUGGCAGCCAGACCAAUAGCAGCGAGCCCGGGCUUCCAAAACCCACAGCAAGUCCGAAUACACCAACGAAGGAAGUGACAGAGAAAGAGCCUAAGAUUUCUAGCACCUCUGCUGGCCACUCAGCACCUGACAACACUUGCAAACCCCCAGCCUCUCCUCUGAAACCAAAGAAUGAACUCUUGGUUCCAUCUGCACCUUCACCAGCCUCUUCUGGCACGGCCUCACCUCUACUAAAUGCAUCUCCUAACACGGAUUUCUCUCUUUUCCAAUAUAAGAUGCACAGGACGAGGUUUGGUUCCAUUGACAGCCUGGCUUCUGCGAGUUCUUCCCAAACGACAGAAGAUGGAACCACCAGCACAAAUAAUAAUGAAAACCAAAGAGACUCAGCUGAGCGCAGGCCCUCAGAGACAUCCACAUCCUCUUGGAAGACAGAGAAAAUGAAUAGUGAAGUUUUGGUUCACCCUGUUACAGGAGAAAAAGUAGAGAGGGGAUCCCCAAUGGCUCUCCUCUUAGCUGCACAACAGAGGGCCCAAAGAGGUAGAUCUUCUGCCUCUGCCUCCCGACAGAACAGCUAUUUGUCAGAGAGGCCCCAGUUCAAGUUAUCAGAGAAGUUGCACAGCAACAGCCAGUCAGAGACUGGGUCACCCACUAUUUACUACAGUGACUCCAAGCCCAACUCUGUCACGAUUGUACCAAAGUCUCCUCAAAAGGAAUCACUUGCAGCCUCCGAAAACAAGCAGCGUAAUGGAGCAGGUAUACCUGACAGCAGCACCUUGGGCUUGUCAGAGGGACAGAGGGAUCAGAAGCCUCAGACAUUUUCCAGUGCCUCAGAACAAUGUGGGAAUGCGCAGAAGGUCAAGGAGAUGAAUGUCUCCCAGAAUCUUCCCUCAUCAAACAGGCAUGGGACUUCCAUGUUAGUUCAAGGCCUCCUAAGUCACAGUAGGCAGGAAGCUCCCUUGCACUCUCUCACAGCACCCCAAAACCAUGCCAAAGACAACAACGAUGAGGUGGAAGAGGGUUUUGAUUAUGAGAUCAUACCCCCUCCACCCGAGUUCAGCAACGAUGCCCAAGUGGUCCCAGACGAUUCUUCAAAAGGGGAGGAGAACCACAAAGCCCUUAAUAUCCCAGGUGGCAACCAGGCCUCAAAUAAGCAACUCAAUUCCAACCCUUCAAGCUAUAACUACAGUAACAGUUAUUCCCUGACAUCCAAAUCAAUUCUGGAAAACAGCAUGAGGCCCAGUGCAUAUAGUCACCAUUACCCAGGUGGGAGCUACUCCUCUAGCUACCUCAGUUCCUAUGACAACAGCCGUCCUCUGAUCAAGAAGCGCCUUUAUGUGACAGAGACGGAUAGGUCGUAUAGCCGGCCCACCAUGUCUUCUCGCAGCAUGAGCACACCCACCUCCUCCUACGGCCACAGUACAAUGUCAUACAACUCUCAGGCUGCGGAAGGGAUGCGCAGGGCCAACUCCACUCACAGGAAUGGUCCAAACAGUGCACAAGGGCGAAGGGUGUCCCUGGAAUUACCUGGGAAGAUGGUGACUUACAGUAAUGCUGCCAGUGAAGCCAUGUAUAAAGGCCAGAACGGAGAGUACACUACCAACACAGCAGCUGCUGGCAGGUAUGUUCCACUUGCCAUAAAUGCAGGAAUUGUGAUGUGAUCUGGGAGCUUCAAGGAAAGUGUUGCUGGCAAGGUGUAGGCAUGCAGGCGACAACUAUAAAAUCCUCCAGUACGCACUGUCUAUUGUGGAGGUGGGGAAACCUUUUUCAAACCAGGGGCUUCAUUCGCUUGCGGUGGGCAACCUUCCAGGGACCGCCUGCCAGUAGUGGGUGGGGGCAAGGGAUAUGACUCCUAUGUUUGUACAGUUGGCUCCACUCCAGCCAUGCAAAACUUAGAAGUGCUUAUGUAUGGCUCUCUGGACCCGAGGCUCUCCACCCCCAACCUAGUAGAUCCAGUCCUUUCCCCCUCUCUAGAGAAGAGUAGAAAAUCCCUGACGGGCCAUUUUUUAUCACAUUCUUCUCAGUACCCCACACAAGACGUAACUGACUGUACUUUUGAAUAAAUAAGGUAUACUAUCCAUUGUUUCAAAUUGUAGAUUUCAACAGAAGUCUCAUAAAGUUCAAUGAAAAAAGCAGAAGACCCAGUGGAUCAGUUCAUUCUAUAUUCCGUUCAUGCAUCAGGUCCAUACAUGUAUAAGUGUCUAUUCCACCUGUCAGUUCCUAGAGUCCAGUAAUCCACAUGAAGGGUUGUUACAGUUCCACAGAAUUCUUUCACAGAGUCUAAGACAAGGACUUCUGGAAUAUUAGCCUUUCACCAGCUGACUCAUGCAGAAGUGCAGGACCACUGCAAGCGCCAGCUCAACCUCUUUCCUGAGCUUGGCGGUGGCAGCACUGGAGGGGGGAAACGGGACAUUCUGGGAUCAAAGUAAUUCUGGGAUGUCCCAGGAAAAUCAGAACUCUUGAAGGGUAUGUAAUCACAAUACCAGAUUUAGGUGAAGAGCAAGGAAAACUGCACAUGUGAAGCACUUUUCCUCUUAAAAUCAGCAUGUCUGUUUGGCAAGGUUAUUGAUUGCAUAGAAAACAUUCAAAAUGCAUUGAGCUGGGGCUGAGCAAAAAUCAUUUUCUUACUUUCCCACCCCAUAUUGCUUCUCUGGACUUUGUAUUAUAUUGUAUGAUUAAUUAUUUCUAUUCAUGUGGUGACAUUUUUGUUUUUCUCCCUUCCCUCUUCAGAGCCUCUCAUGGAAAUCAACAAUAUAGUGGAACUGCAAAUACAUUUACCGUCAGGCCUGGAGCACGACAACCCAUUUCUUAUUCGUACCAAGGAGGUCUUCGAUAAGGCAUGUACGAGGAAGCUGUAUCGCCUUGCAUCAGCUUUGGCCAAGUUAUAGGCCUCGUCCUCUCUGCUUUGUUCCGACUCUUCCUCUGAUAGCUGUAAAAUGAGGCACAAGAGCCUGUCCUAGACUGAAAGUAGUCCAAGCGUCCGCUUGUAAAUAGACUGUUUGUAAGUUAUUAGGGACAAGGUAAGAAUGAGUUCUAAGGGCUUCUGUGCAAAAUGGAUAAGGGGGCAAAUUAUACCACAUAGUCACUCAGCAACCUUUGCUUAAAGCAUUUAAGUAAUUACAUAGACUUCCUAGUGACUAGUGCUAGCUUGGCCUGUAGAAGAUUAUAUCUAGACUAGCAGUUUAUGGAAGAAAUUUUCAGCACCGUCUUCCUUCUUGAAGUGCAUCUGACACUUCGAAGCAGCAAAGAAAGGAUGGAUGCCUUCAUCCUAGUGGGAGGCAAGGAACAGAAGAGGAAUCCAGCUGCAGAAAAGGAGAGCAGGAGGAGAGGUUAAGAGGGGGAGUUGAAUGGCAGUGGCCCCAAUAGCUAUGUGGGGCCAAGAAUUGAAAUUUGAAGAGCCUAGUGGUUGGAAGAAGAUGGUAUAGUAGUAGGGAAGGGGGAGAAGGUUUAGAGGGAUAAAGCAGAAGAAAGGAAGUAGAUGAGAGGGACUAGGAUUACUUACUUUUUCUGGUAGCUGUGGCUUUAACACAGGGAUGGAGAACCUGUGGUCCUCCUGGUCAUGUUGGACUUCAGUUUCCAUCAUCUCUUACCAUUGUGGCUGAAGCUGAUGGGAGUUGGAAGUCAACAACCUCUGGAAGGCCAUUAGUUCUUGGUCCCUGCUUUAAUAACUCCACAAAAAGAGAAAAUUAAGCUGCUAGGAUUUAUUUAUUUUUCAUCACUGAAUCUCCAUGUCAGGAAAAGCCAAACUUACUGGAUUUCCAUUUGUCAUGCAAGUACAAAAGACACAGGAACCUUGAGAGAAGUCUGCUAGCCUAGGAGGCGUUGUCAGACCCAGGUGUUAUUGAAUCCAUUGGAAAUAACUGAGAUUGCACCUUCUUCAAGACAAUUCUACAGGUCAAUUUUUAGACUAGGAAGUUUUGCGUUUUGUAUGACUCACCUCUAGAGACAAGAAUGAGACUUCACAGCAUUCACUAAUACCCAUACAAUACAAAUACAGAAUAUUAAGAGUAUUACUGUCACUUUAAAAUCCAACUUGUUAAUUGAAUUUUUGGGGAGAGGUUUUAAUUAAGAAACUGCACCAGGAUAAAAUGAGUUGAAAUGCCAUAUUUGCCAGGAUGCAGUCUGGAGAUCCUGUUUGUCUCCUUAAAAGAACACAGUCACUGUGACCCCUGACCUGUGCCUCCAUUGGUCCUUUCACCUUUGCCUUGCCUACUGUGGUGGAAAACUAAUCACAGCAAGCAACAGGAUAUGGGCAGAAGAACAGAAUGGGAGGCGUAAAAGGCUGUAUCUUUCUUCUGCUGUCCUGGAAAUUUUUUAAGGAGAUUGGACCCAUCUCCUUUGCAGUCUGAACAUCUUACAUACAAAGUGACAAAAGAUGUCAAAGUGGGCACCAAACAAUUUGGUUUUAAGGUGUGUGUGUUUUAACAUUAUGGGGCAUUAAAAACUUUAGGUGCUGGCACCUAUAAAAAUUAAAGCCAAGUUAUAUAUUGAUGUAUAUCAAAGAAGCAAUGCAGGUUUAAAGUUCGGCUCUGUAAAUGUGAGCCUUGCAGCCUGAUCCUUUGAGUAAGUUUUAUUGAGUCAAUGAGAUUUACUUCCAAAAAGCUAAGUAUGGGAUUGCAUUAACCCACCUUGGCUUCUUUGCCCAUUUAUGAGAGCUGUUCAUUCUAUGUGUUGAAUUUGUUGGUCUGGUCUCUGUUUAAUGGCUGACAAGUGUCAUGUUUUUGUCAGUGAUUACGUGAUAAACCUGGAUAGCUUAUUCCUCAAUUAGUCCCAUGUUGACACAUGCAGCAGCAGCAACUUUCAAGACUGCAAAAAACCAAAAACACCCCACCUCGCAAAAAAAAUUCUGUGGAUUUUGAAAGAAAACUACUACAUACCCAGUUAUUAUUAUUUAUUGAAGUUACAUCUCACCCUUCCUCUUGAAUAGUUUUUCACACUUGUAGAUAGUACUGUAAACAAUAAAAUGUGCAGGGUGGCUAACUUAAAACUAUUGAAUUCUGUGGCUCUAUUCAAAGUCUGACUUAGAUGGAUACCACUCAUAUAAAGCUUGCUGAUUUGGCCUGAAAACAAACACUCUUUCCUGUCUCGUUUAGUCUUGGCUCUUGUCCAUUUAUUUUGUUGUUGUUGAUGACAUCCGUCUGUCUUGGGAGACAAUAGAAGAGUGCUCCUUUGGGAAUGAAGUCAAACUGUUAAGAGAGUUACAGCACCUGCUGUGGCUGUAGAAACCAAUGCAGGAGAGACAUGUUUUGUUGCAGCUGGGGCAGAUGAAGACAUCCAGUUGUGCUGCUGCAGAUGCACCAUGGUAUUUCUUCUGCCUGCGCUCCUCCCAGCGGCCAUUCCUCCUCUGGUCACUUCAAUUUAUUUAGGUGGCUGGUAUUACUCUGUUCCCUAGGACUGCUUCAUACAUACAGCGGGUGGCGCUGUGGGUUAAACCACAGAGCCUAGGACUUGCCGAUCAGAAGGUCGGCGGUUCAAAUCCCCACGACGGGGUGAGCUCCCGUUGCUCGGUCCCUGCUCCUGCCAACCUAGCAGUUCGAAAGCAAGUCAAGUGCAAGUAGAUAAAUAGGUACGGCUCUGGUGGGAAGGUAAAUGGCAUUUCCGUGCGCUGCUCUGGUUCACCAGAAGCGGCUUAGUCAUGCUUGCCACAUGACCCGGAAGCUGUAUGCCGGCUCCCUUGGCCAAUAAAGCGAGAUGAGCACCGCAACCCCAGAGUCGGUCAUGACUGGACCUAAUGGUCAGGGGUCCCUUUACCUUUAUUACUCUGUUCCCUAGGACUGCUUCAUACAUACAGUGGCCAAGUACCACACAGGAAAGGGUUCCUGUACCUUUGAGUCCUGUAUUUUAAGGGAUUUUAGCUUGCCAUGUCAUGGUGCUACAGUUGCCUUUUUCAUGCAUUACUGCCUUGCCCUGCCCCACCUCUCGCACGUUUUCUGCACAUGAACCCAUAGACUUGGAUCCUAACAUAAAUUAGCUUAAAAUAUGUUAAGAGAAGGAAUGUUUCCCAUCCUGUCCUUCCGCAUGGUGUCCUAUGCACUCACACAUACCCAAAUCCUCUCUGGAAGGUUGUUGGGGCCCUCUGAACAAUAUGGGAUGAGUUGUGGGUGGGAAGGAAGUGAUGGGAAACUUUAUUUCCAUGAGCUUCCUUUAGUUAACUUAUUUCAAGACCUGAACCAUUAUGUUUAGAAGCUGCAAAACUCUCUACAUUAUGCACACAAGUCCCUCGAGUGUUUUCCAAACAUUAUAGGCCCCCCCUCCCCGCACAAUGUACAGCAGUGUUGGGGAAAUGUAACAUGAAACAGUCUCAAUGCCUUAUACUUGCAUGCGUGGUUUGCCUGUAUUAUUGAUUUGGAGGCUGCCUUUUCCAGACAUGCAAUGUUCUAAAUUAGUUGCUGCUAAGGGAAUAGCCAUAUGAGAUAGGGGAACAAGCGACUUAUAUUCUCAGCCCUUAUUGAGGAUUUUUCAAUUCAUUUCAGAUUGCCAAUACUUGUAAAAGAUCACCAUAUUUUUAAAAGUUAUAAAGCUGAAACAAGCUUGUGUAGUAGUUUGCCAUCAUAAGGCAAUGUAAAGAACUGUAAAAUAGAUGUAAAGCAUGUAGAGAAUAAAUUGUAUUAUGGAAAAAUAAAGCACUUUGAGACAAGCAUAGGGUUGCCAUACCUCUGGAAUUUCCCAGACAUAUCCGGAGUACUGCAGUUGGCAGCAAUCCAGGCAGAAAUCGGCUAAAUGUCAGGGGAACACCCCCCCAACCCCCCAAAUUCAACAACUUUGCCAAAAAGAGCUCAACAACUUUUCUUUCCGGAAUUUCACUGUUUGGAAUAUGGCAACCCUAGACAAGGGUAUUGAAUGCACUUUUUAAUUUUCCUCCAUAUGCAGCAUCUCUUUAGUUCACUAACAGUGCAAUCCUAUACAUGUUUACUCAGAAGUAAGUCUUGUGCAAGUUCAGUGGGGCUUGAUCCCAGGGAAGUGUGUAUGGAAUUGCAUCCAUACACUUUUUCAGAUAAUGUGUGUACAUGUGUGGAAAUAUGUAUAUGUAAAUUUCACGCAGUAUUCUAGCGCCUUAAAUUUAAGAAUGAUUCUCGACUAUAGUCACUUAAAAAACAAUUUUACAAUAAGUGUGUGUACAUGUAGAAGCCAUAGUUUGUUUAUUUGCCAUAUAUUAUAUGAACAAUCAAAAAUAACUGGCUUUCUUUUUCAAUAGUGAUAAUAUUCAAUAAAUUCCAAACUACUUUUCUGCUCUGAGU